CGCGCGCGCUCCGCACUAUCCGCUAACUAUUCGCAAUCGACCGACGUCUUGGUUGUCGGAGCUGGUAAUGAUUGACUUCUGCUAAAUGAACCCGUGGACUAGUACCGUACUAAGUUUAUCGCAGUGGCGUGUGAUCGCGAUCCGGACUGAGAGCGAGCAGUGAGUUCGGUGGCAGUGUGUGAGCCAUGGAGCGGCAGUCGCGCUGGGCGGAGCAGCGCUCGGAGCGGCGCGAGCAGGUCGUGCAGCAGCGCAGCGAGCAGCACUUCACGCAGACGCUCACGCAGCAAGUGGAGAGCUCAGUCGGCGCGCUACCGAUCGCUUCCGGCAGACCCGGAGAUCCGUCUCCGCCGAUAUUCGAACAGAUCUUCAAGAAUGCGAGGUUCGCGCAGGGCGGGAACGCCAAAUUCGAAGGCAAGCUGAGGGGCAACCCCACGCCGACGGUGUCAUGGACGCGCAAGAAGGCGCCGCUCGUGGAGUGCAACAAGUACAGCAUGAGCUACGACGAGCGCACGGGCGACGUGUCGCUGCUCAUCAAGCAGAUCGGGCCGGGUGACGAGGGCGAGUACACUUGCACAGCGCGCAACCAGUACGGCGAGGCCAUCUGCUCCGUGUACAUCCAGCCCGAGGGCGCGCCCGCGCCGCAGCAGCAGAGCUACCGCCACGUCAGCGAGAGCGUGCAGCACAAGUCCUACGGCACGCAAGGCUUCAGCUCGGAGCAGUCGCGCCAGUCGCAGAAGUACGCCUACACGAACGGCACCUCCGAACACUCUUCCACCGAAGACUUCAAGGUGGAUACGUUCGAAUACAGACUGCUGAGAGAAGUGUCCUUCAGAGAAACUAUCACGAAGAGGUAUAUGGGCGAAACCGACAUUCAAAUAAACACAGAAAUCGAUACGACAUUAGGACCGGCGUCUCCCCCGAAAAUAUCACAGAAACCCAGAAACUCCAAACUACAGGAAGGUGCUGAUGCUCAAUUCCCAGUCCAACUUUCAGGAAACCCCAGGCCGCGUGUGACGUGGUUCAAAAACGGCCAACGGUUGGUCAACUCGAACAAACACAACAUAAUCACAUCGAACAAUCAAACUAUCCUAAGAAUAAGAAGCACGCAAAAAUCUGACACCGGCCAUUACACACUUCUGGCCGAAAAUCCCAAUGGAUGCAUUGUCACAUCGGCUUACCUGGCCGUCGAAUCCCCUCAGGAGACAUACGUGCAAGACCAAAGGUCCCAGCUCAUAAUCGACACGCAACAAGUACAGACUGAAAAAGUAGAAAUAGAAGAGAAAGCUCUCGCUCCGCAGUUCGUUAAGGCCUGCCACGAUCGAGAUGUCACGGAAGGCAAGAUGACGCGAUUCGAUUGCCGCGUCACGGGCAGGCCUUACCCUGAAGUCACGUGGUUCAUUAACGAUAGACAAAUUCGAGACGAUUAUAAUCAUAAGAUAUUAGUAAACGAAUCCGGUAAUCAUGCACUUAUGAUUACAAACGUCGAUCUCAGUGAUAGUGGUGUAGUAACGUGUGUGGCGCGAAACAAAAGUGGUGAAGCGUCUUUCCAGUGUAGACUGAAUGUUAUAGAGAAGGAGCAAGUUGUAGCUCCGAAGUUCGUAGAGAGGUUUAGUACUUUGAAUGUGCGAGAGGGUGAACCAGUACAGUUGAGCGCGCGCGCCGUCGGCACCCCUACACCACGGAUCACAUGGCAGAAGGACGGAGUUCCCGUCGUGCCACACGCGGAACUCCGGAUCAAUACCGAAGGUGGGGCCUCGACAUUAGAUAUUCCCAGAGCCAAGGCGUCGGAUGCGGCAUGGUAUCAGUGCACCGCACAGAAUGUCGCGGGCUCCACGGCCACUCGGGCGAGGCUCUACGUGGAGGUGCCCAAAGAGCCUCCGCCCGAGCAGAAGCGGCUGCACCUACCGCGGCCUACGAAAAUAAUUGAACCAGAGCCCGCUCCUGGUCCAGAAAUUAUUUAUUUAAGGCACGUGGAAAGAGCGAGGCCGUUCGUUCCUCCUGGAGAGGAAGAUCGAGUAUAUCCACCGCCUCAAUUCAUCGUUCCACUAAAGAGUGUGACGCAGAUGGAAGGUGGAAAAAUUCAUUUUGAAACUAGAAUAGAACCAGUCGGCGAUCCAUCUAUGAGAAUCGAAUGGUUAAAAAAUGGACAAAGUAUAGAAGCCAGUUCCAGAUUUACUUCUGUGUUCCGGUUUGGAUAUCUCUCUCUUGACAUGCUGAGUCUAAAUUUCGAAGACAGCGGAGAGUACACAUGCCGAGCGAUAAGCGCUACAGGCAUGGCCGAGACGAAGGCGGUGUUACAAGUGACGCCGAGAGCGACGAUCGAGAGGAGCAGUCAGCAUCCGCAGAGCUUGCAGUACAUCCAGCAGCUGGAGGACUACUCUAAAUACCAACAUCAAGAGUCGGUCGACGAGCAAACGUCACAAAAACCACAGUUCAUAAGACCGCUGCAAGACUUAGGCGAACUGCAGGAGGGGCGGAAUGCGCACUUCGAAGCGCAACUCACUCCUGUCAGUGACCCCACGAUGAGAGUAGAAUGGUACAAAGAUGGCAAGCCGAUCACGGCCAGCUCGCGAAUCACGGCACUCUUCAACUUCGGCUACGUCUCCCUUAACAUCAUGCACCUACGGGCUGAAGAUGCGGGUUCGUAUACAGUGAGGGCCGUGAACAGACUCGGUGAAGCCAUCAGCACCGCUACCAUUCGAGUAGCCGCCAGAAGUACCGUCACAUCAGAUCUCGGCAUACCGGAACAACGAAGGUACAUCGAAAAGACUGAGCAGUUAGAAGCUUACCAGCAGCAACAACACCAGAAAUACUAUCAAGAGGCACCCGAAAGCACACAGAAACCUGAAUUUAAAACACCUAUUAAGGAUCAAAUCAACGUUAAAGAAGGUGGAUUUGCUCACUUUGAAGCACGCCUCGAACCCGUCGGUGACUCGACUCUGAGAGUGGAGUGGUUGAAAGACGGGCGCCCGGUAGAGGCGAGUUCUAGAAUCACUACAUUCUUCAACUUUGGAUAUGUAGCGUUAACUAUCAAAUCGGUGACAAUUCACGACGCCGGCCAUUACACGUGCCGCGCUUACAACGCCCUCGGACAGGCGACUACGAGCGCUAAUCUUUCGAUCAUAACCAAGAAAGACAUCAUAGCAGAAUCUCAACAUCCCGGUGGACUAGAAAGAAUACAAUACUUAGAAGAUUCCAGUAAAUAUUCCAGACGAGCGGAGGAAGAGGUUCGGAUCACUCAAAAACCUAGAUUCCUCGGUCCUCUUAAAGGGACGAAUAAAAUAGUUGAGGGACAAAGUGCUCAUUUUGAAGCUAGAGUAGAACCUCAGAGUGAUCUAACGCUGACAACCGAAUGGUAUUUUAACGGGAAACAGAUAAAGUCAGCCAAUAGAAUACAAACUUAUCAUGACUUCGGCUACGUAGCUCUUGACAUCGCCAACGUCCGAGCAGAAGAUUCCGGAACCUACACCAUUGUAGUGCGCAAUGCAGCGGGGGAGGCACAGCAGAGCGCCUCGAUGCUUGUUGAGACACGAUCGGGCAUCGAUACUACGAGCAUUCAUCGUGGCUUAUACGAGAAGACUCGACAAAUGGAGGAAUCAAAGUUUGUCGAACCCGUGUAUCAUAUCGAAGAAAUUUCAAAGUCUAAACCCGUAUUUGUGCAGCCUCUAUCCGAUCCCCCGUCAGUAUCUGAAGGCAAAAAUAUUCAUCUCGAAUGUCGACUAGAACCCAUGGGUGACCCGACUAUGCGAGUGGAAUGGUUCCAUAACGGUAGAGCGGUCACAGUCGGAUCUCGAUUCAGAACUUACUACGACUUCGGGUUCGUAGCACUCGACAUCAUCCACGCGACUUCAGUGGACUCAGGGGAAUACACCGUGAGGGCAGUUAACCACUUAGGAUCGGCUCAUACAUCCGCCAUGGUUCGUGUGAUCGAACGAUCCGAUGUAUUGACAGACACCCAAAACGAACAAGCCGUUGAACAAAUUCAGAUGCUUGAAGAUGCGGCGCGACGAGGCAGGCAAGUACAGGAAGACAUUACGGUCAUGCAAGCCCCUCACUUCUCACGAGCACUACACAAUAUUGAAACUGUGGAAGGCACAAACGUUCAUUUAGAAUGCCGGCUGCAACCAGUCGGCGAUCCAACAAUGAAAGUCGAAUGGUUCUGCAACGGUAGACCCAUUAAGACUGGGCACAGAUUUAGACCGGCGUACGAAUUCGAUUAUGUCGCCUUGGACCUUUUGAGCGUGUACCCUGAAGAUUCUGGAGUAUACACUUGCCAAGCAACUAACCAGCUAGGAGAAGCAGUAACGUCGUGUGCGUUGCGAGUGAUGGCUAAGAAAGAUUUAAUCUUUGAUACGCAGCAUCCUUCGGGAUUAGAAAAGAUACAAUAUUUGGAAGAUGCAUCUCGUUACAAGAAGUCGGAUGUGAUUGACGAAUCGAUUCACAUCAAGCCGCGAUUCAUAACAAAACCAAAGUCUAUCGAUAACGUUAAAGAAGGACAGCAUGUUCACUUCGAAUGCAAACUCGAGCCAGUCACCGACUCAAAUCUUAAAGUGGAAUGGUUUAAGAACGGUCAACCGGUUACUAUCGGUCACAGAUUUAGACCGAUUCACGACUUUGGCUACGUAGCCCUCGACAUCAUCGACCUCAUUGCCGAGGACUCGGGCGUGUACACGUGCAGAGCCGUCAACCAGCUCGGCACCGACGAAGUCAGCUGCCGACUCGCCUGUCGCGAGACGGCGGACAUCAUUCGCGGUACUCAGAACGAAGCCGGAUUAGAACAAAUCCAAGUGUUGGAGGACAGGUCCAAAUAUUCAAGGUCUGAUUACCUCGAAGAAGUGACGACACAAGCCCCUAUAUUCACAACUUCUCUGAAGAAUGUGGAGAUCAAAGAAGGUCAACGUGCUCACUUCGAGUGUAGACUCAUUCCUGUUUCUGACGUAACGAUGAAAGUCGAAUGGUACCACAACAAUAAACCUCUAAAGAGUGGCUCUAGAUUUACGGAAACGAACAACUUCGGCUUCGUCGCGCUUGAUAUCAUGUCGUGCUUGCCGGAAGACUCUGGCACCUACACCUGCAGGGCUAUCAAUGCGCUUGGCGAAGCCGUGACUUCCGGAACUGCAGUCGUGCACUCUAAGAAGUCCAUUUACCUAGAAACACAGCAUGAGGGAGCUUUGACGAGACUGACUCAGUUGGAGGACACGUCAAGAUAUCAGAAGCAUUCGACCCAAGAUGAAAUUGUCACCCAAGCUCCCGUGUUCACUAAUCCCAUGAAAGAUUUGCGAGUUGCCGAAAACCAAGCCGCUCACUUCGAGACCAGACUCAUUCCCGUCGGCGAUCCCAAGCUGAAGGUGGAAUGGCUGCGGAAUGGAGUUCCGAUUGAAGCAUCGAACCGCAUUACUACCAUGCACGACUUCGGGUACGUCGCCCUUAACAUGAAGUACGUGAACCCUGCGGACUCGGGAACUUACACUUGCCGCGCUACCAACGAACUCGGAGAAGCUGUAACCUCCUCCACUCUAUUCGUACAAUCUAAAUCUUCCCUGGAGUUGCAAUCGCAACAUGAGACCGCCUUACAAAAAAUUCAGCAACUAGAGGACACUUCACGCUACCAGAGGAAGGAAGACGAGGAAAUCACUGUGACUCAAGCUCCUCGCUUUGUCACUCAGCUGAACGGCCCUUCGAGGCUGGUGGAGGGGCAAAGUGCGCACUACGAGUGCCGCAUCGAGCCCUACCCCGACCCCAACAUGCGUGUGGAGUGGUACUUCAACGGCAAAGUGUUGCAAAGCGGACACCGCUACCGCACGGCAUUCGAUUUUGGGUUCGCGGCUCUGGACAUUCUCACCGUGUACGGAGAAGACUCCGGGGAAUACACUUGUAAAGUCAUCAACAACUUGGGGCAAGCGGUUUCGUCUAUCAAAUUAAACGUCCAAUCUAAGGAAUCCAUCAUCAGAGAUACGCAACACGAAAGUGCAUUAGAGAAGAUUCAGUAUCUCGAGGAUGAUAGUAGAUACAAACGGGUCGCUCGGGACGAAGGAUUCGUCGCCGAAAAGCCCCAGUUCGGGAAGCCCCUCAAGAACGUCCACGUGGCGGAGGGCCUACCCGUGCACUUGGAAGCCACGCUCACUCCCGUCAACGAUCCCACGAUGCGAGUGGAGUGGUACUGCAACGGAAGACCUAUCCAACAGGGGCAUAGGUUCAAGACCACUUACGACUUUGGAUAUGUGGCCUUAGACGUCCUGUAUGCGUACAGUGAAGAUUCUGGCACCUACAUGUGUAAGGCUACGAAUGCGGUCGGUGAAGCUAUUACCACUAGCUCCGUUAACGUAGACGCUAAAGCUUCACUGUACCUGGACACGUUGGACGAGCAGCGCUUGAGGAAGAUCAAGGAGCUGGAACAAUACGAGAGGCCUAAGGCUAUUGAACAGGAAGCACCGGGCCAAAGACCAGUGUUUUUGACUGCUUUAACCAGCUUAGAGAACUUAAAAGAAGGUGACCGUGCUCAUUUCGAAUGCCGAGUCGAACCUAUAAACGACCCCGAUCUCAAGAUCGAAUGGUUCCUCAACGGGCAGAAGAUUAAAACGGGACACAGGUUCAGAACAACGCACGAUUUUGGUUACGUAGCGUUGGAUAUAUUGUACAGUUACGCAGAAGACUCCGGCACUUAUAUGUGCAAAGCUACUAACAAACUCGGAGAAGCAGUUAAUACGUGCACAUUGAAGGUUGCAAGCCACCGAAGUAUAAUAUUGGACUCGCAACAUCCUAUCGGACUCGAAAAGAUUAGGCAGUUAGAAGCGCAAGGACAUCCUUCGAAAAUGGAGGUCGAAGAACCUAAGAUUUCGCCGCCGAAGUUCGUCGUAGAACUGAGAGGGACGACCCACGUGUACGAGGGACAAACGGCGCAUUUCGAAUGUCAGGUCGAGCCCGUGCACGACCCCAACUUGCGCAUCGAGUUCUAUCACAACGGCAAAGCCUUGCAAUCUGCGUCGCGGUUCCAUAUCACUUUUGAUUUUGGUUACGUGUCCUUGGAUAUCCAGCACUGCGUCCCGGAGGACGCCGGCGAGUACUCCGUCAAGGCCAUCAACGCCCUCGGCCAGUGCACUUCCGCCAUAUCCAUGACGGUAACCGCAAAAGGCAGUAUCAUAUCGGAAUCUCAGCGCCCCCAGGGACUCGAGAAGAUCCGAGAGUUAGAGUCCGCGGAACCGUUCAAACGGCCGGAGAUACCGGAGCCGGUCACCAGGCAGCGACCAGUCUUCACGCAGCCGCUGCAGAACAUCGACAACAUACAAGAAGGGCAGACGGCCCACUUCGACUGCAGGCUCAUUCCUGUCGGGGAUCCGACUCUCAAAGUAGAAUGGUUCAGAAACGAAAAGCUCAUCGAAGACAGUUCCCGCAUCACCAAAACGCACGACUUCGGGUAUGUGUCGAUGACGAUCGCUCACGUCCGCGAUGAGGACGAAGGCGUCUACAUGUGCCGCGCGUCCAACAUGCUCGGCGAAGCGGUCACGACAGCUGCCAUGAGAAUUAAAACUAAAGCAGCGAUACAGAUGGAUACACAGCAUCCCGAAGGAAUGAAGAAGAUUCAACAGCUGGAACAACCUCAGCAAAGAAAGCCCGACCAACCAGAACGUGAAUUCGAGAAACCUAUUUUCACUCAAGUCCUCACUGGACCAUCGGAGUUGUGGGAGGGGCAGCACGCGCACUAUGAGGCCCGAGUCGUUCCCGUGGGCGAUCCCAGUCUUCGGUUCGAAUGGUACAUCAAUGGGGUUGAACUCAAGAUGGGUUCACGUUUCCGCACCACGCACGACUUUGGAUUCGUCACGUUAGACAUAAAUUCGGUAGUACAGGGCGACGCGGGUCUGUACAUGUGCAAAGCUAUCAAUAAUGCAGGAAGUACAGUCUCAUCUACUUCCCUCAAAGUGAAGACCAAAUCGACCAUCAUCGAUGAGGCCAUGAGACCCGAGGCUUGGGAACAAAUUCAAUUGAAGGAAGCCGCAAUGAACAAAGUCCCAGAACAGUUCGUCGAGCCGGGAGUACAGCAAGCCCCUAUCUUCACCACCCAUCUUCUGAGCUAUGACAAGCUGGUUGAAGGGCAGCACGUCCACUUGGAAGCCCAAGUAGAGCCUCGCACUGAUCCACAUCUGCGCGUUGAGUGGUUCAAGAACGGUAUGUCGUUAACUACCGGUGCGAGGCUGAAGAGCACUUUCGAUUUCGGUUUAGUUACUCUUUCAAUAAAUUCGGUAAGAUUCGAUGAUUCGGGUAUAUACACGUGCAAGGCGAUUAAUCUCAUAGGAGAAGCUGUUUCCACUGCAUCGAUAAAGAUAGAGGAUCGGCACUGGUUGCUUGGAGACUCGCUUCAUCCAGAAUCUUUGGACCGAAUUGGCGCCUUGGAGCAACCAAAACCCGGUAAACCGGAAGCAGCGGAGCCAGUUUACGAAACACCCGUAUUUAUAUCUCAUCUAAAUAACAUAAUAUGCAAGGAAGGCGAUAAUAUUCACUUUGAGUGUAACGUCGAACCAUCCAGAGAUCCCACUCUACACAUCGAGUGGUUUUUCAACAACAAGCCUUUACCGUCAGGCACGCGAUACAAGAGCACGCAUGACUUCAGCUACGUGUCAUUAGACAUGACUCAUACGUAUGAAGAAGAUUCCGGCAUCUACACUUGUAAAGCUACUAAUAGCAAGGGCUCCGCGACGACAUCUGGCACACUGAGAUGUACUGGAGACAAGCACAUCUAUCUAGAUACCCAACACCCUCAAGGCAAAGCUGGUUUAGACGCAGUAGAACAAGCGGAAGAAGCUAGGCUCGCCAAGGGACGAAGGCCUUCCGUUCCAGAUGCGGAAUAUCCCAAACCGGAAUGGAUAGUUCCAGUUGCUCCUGAACAUCAAUUAAUCGAAGGACAAGCGCUUCACCUAGAGGGUCAAGUGGAGCCUAAGAACGAUCCCGAUCUUAAGAUUGAAUGGUAUUUCAAUGGAAAAGUUUUAGAACAAGGAUCACGUUUCAAGGUUAGGAGUGAUUUUGGCUUUGUCACGUUAGACCUGACAGAUGUAUAUGAAAGAGACAGCGGUAUCUAUACGUGUAAAGCUUUUAAUAAACGAGGCGAAGCGUUCACUUCUUCGACGAUUUACUGUACGAGCAAGGAAAAUCUAAUUGAAAGGACCCAACAUCCCAAAGGCAAAGAGGGAUUGGAGAAAAUCCAAAAUCUGGAAGAAUCCCUUCGUAGGGAGCCUGGACAGAUGCCCGACGACGACUUAGGACGAGCGCCUGAGUUUGUGACGGUGUUCGAAGACAUCACCGAUGUAAGUGAAGGACAGAUCGCUCAUUACGAAGCCACUUUAAUACCCACCGGUGACCAAUCAAUGGUUAUUGAAUGGUUUUACAAUGGCAAAACCAUUGAGGCGAGUCAUCGCAUACGUACUGUGUAUGCCUUCGGCAUGGUAGUGCUUGAAAUACUCGGAACCAAAACUUCAGACUCCGGAAUUUAUUCAUGCAGGGCUACCAACAAGUGGGGACAGGCCGAAAUAAGCGUGAAGCUUGAAUGCGUCGACAAGAGCAAGGGUCAAAAGCCUAGAUUUACGACCCAACUACAAAACAUUGAAGGCCUCAAAGACGGACAAGCAGCCCACUUCGAAUGCACUGUAGUCCCGGUCGAUGAUCCCGAUAUGAAAAUAGAAUGGUAUCAUAACGGUCAGCCGAUGCGUCACUCUACAAGAAUUAAAACGAUUUCCGACUUCGGAUUCGUGGUGCUCGAUAUAGCUUACACACAGAACCACGACGCAGGAGAAUACGUCUGUCGAGCCUACAACAAAUACGGAGAAGAUUUUACCAAAGCCACUAUAUCCUGCUACGGCAGAAGCGGCGUUUAUUACGACAGCUUGCAACCUGAGUCGUUGGCUAAGAUUCGCGAGCUGGAGAGUCUGCAAGGGCUGCAGCAACAGGCCCCUGCGCCCGCUUCAGCAGAGCCGCCAAGGUUCAUCACUCAAAUCCAAGAUGUUACCAAAUUGGUCGAAGGGCAAAGUGCUCACUUUGAAGCUAGAUUGGUACCGGUGGAUGACCCCGACCUUAAAGUUGAAUGGUUAUGCAACGGCAAAAAGUUACCACAUGGACAUAGAUAUAGAACUUUCCAUGACUUCGGAAUUGUAAUUUUAGAUAUUUUGUAUUGUUACGAAGAAAAUUCAGGAGAAUAUGAAUGUGUGGCUACAAACAAAUUGGGACGCGAUUCAACAAAAGCCACGCUGAAGUGUACAUCGAAGGAAAACUUGAUCUUGGACUCGCAACUCCCGCGGGGCAUGGAAGGUGGGUUAGAAAAGCUACAGACGUUGGAAGAUUCCAUGGUUCGCAGAAAGGAUACUGAAGUAGAGGAAAAACGUGGAAAAGCACCAGUAUUUACUGUUCCAUUGUCAAAUAUUGAAAAUCUGAGAGAGGGCGAAAACGCGCAUUUCGAAGCGCGACUGUUGCCCACUGAUGACCCCAAGCUUAAGGUGGAGUGGUUUUGGAAUGGAAAAUCAUUGAAGACCGGAUCAAGGUUCAGAACUUUCUGCGACUUCGGGUUUGUUAUUCUGGAAAUUUCACCCACUUAUCCAGAAGACUCCGGUGAAUACUUGUGUAAAGCGUACAAUGACUACGGUGAAGCAGUAACGACUGCUACGAUGAAAGUACAAGGAAAGAGGAACAUCAUUUUGGAAUCUCAAUUGCCCAAAGGCAUGGAAGGUACCAUCGACAAGAUCGCAGCCUUGGAGGGCUAUUCCGGAACUGCGGACAAUCUGACGCCCGAAGCCGAAAGCGGCAACCCGCCGGAGUUCAUCACUACGCCGUCUGACCUCGUUUUACAAGAAAAUUCAUCGGCACACUUCGAGUGUCGCCUCGUGCCGGUCAACGACUCCAGCAUGACGGUAGAGUGGUAUCACAAUGGCAAGCCGCUGCUGACUGGCUCGAGAGUGAAGACAAUCAACGACUUCGGAUUCGUCAUCUUAGAGGUCGGUGGCGUAUACCAGCGUGACGCUGGCCUCUACACCUGCAAGGCAACGAACAAGCACGGCGAGGCCACCGUGUCCUGUAAGCUUCAAGUCAAAGGCAGACAAGGUAUCAUUCUCGAACCCCAGUUGCCAUCGCAGUUCAAAUCGGGAACCGAGAGCAUACAGAAGCUGGAGGAGACUCUACACAAACGCGAGGAAAUUACGAUCGAGGAUGAAAAACCGAAUCCUCCCAAAUUCACCGUUGAAAUCAAGGACAACCUGGACGUGGCGGAAGGUGGACCCGUCCACUUCGACUGCCGCGUCGAACCUGUCGGUGACCCAACGAUGAGAAUUGAUUGGUUCUGCAACGGCAGACCCUUCGCCACGGGCUCGCGCGUGCACAUGUUGAAUGACUUCGGCUUCAUCGCUCUGGACAUCGACUACGUGUACACGCGCGACGCGGGCGAGUACACGUGCCGCGCCACCAACCGCUGGGGCUCGGCCACCACCACGGCCAAGGUUACGUGCAGCACCAAGCGCGACGUCGUGCUCGACUCGCAGCUGCCACACGGCAUGAGUGGCGAGAAGAUCAAGGAGCUUGAGCGCGGCCACAUGCGGGAUGCGCCCAAAGAGGAGCCCGUCAUCAGCACGCCGCCCAAGUUCAUCACCCAGAUUCAGUCGCACACGGUCGAGGAGUCUGAAUCCAUUCGUUUCGAGUGCCGUGUUGAGCCGAAAGAAGAUCCCAAGCUACGCGUCGAGUGGUACAGAAACGGCAAGCUACUGCCAUCCGGUCACAGAUUCCGAACCGUGUACGAUAUGGGAUUCGUUUCUCUCGAUAUCCUGUACGUCUACGCCGAAGAUUCUGGUGAAUACGUCUGCCGAGCGGUCAACGACUUCGGAGAAGAUUUCACGAAGGCGACCGUGUCCUGUAAAAAAUUACCAGAUAUCAUCCUUCAGAAUCAAGUGCCUAAGGGAAUGAAGAAGUCAGAAGCUUUGACUCAAAUGGAGGCAACGAUCAAAAAGUACACCUCUGAGGUGUUCCUGACAGAGGACGACCUGUACGACGUGGACAAGAAACAGCCGCCACGGUUCGUGACGCAGAUCCAAAGCCAGACCACUCUGGUUGAGAUGGAGUCCACAAAGUUCGAGUGCCAGCUGGCACCCGUAGGAGACCCGAAUAUGAAGGUGGAGUGGUUUUUCAAUGGCAAGCCUCUGUUACACAAGAACCGAUUCACGCCGAUCUACGACUUCGGCUACGUGGCGAUGAACUUCGGCUGGGUGUACCCGGAGGACAGCGGCGAGUACCUGUGCCGUGCCACCAAUCUGUACGGGCAGGACGAGACGCGCGCCGUCAUCCAGACCGCGGGCAAGCCGGGCAUAGUCUACGAGUCGCAGCUGCCCAAACACAUGAAGAGUAUCGAGCGCAUUCGCGAGAUGGAGGCCUCUUGGCAAGUUGCGCCCGAGCAGGCGGUGGAGGAGAGCAAGCCGCGGUCCGCGCCCGUGUUCGUGAGCAAGCCGGAGCCCUGCAGUGUGCAGGAGGGCGAGUGGGCACGCUUUUGCUGCCGCGUCACCGGACACCCCAAGCCGCGCGUCAUGUGGCUCAUCAACGGCAACACCAUCGUCAACGGAUCCAGAUACAAGCUGACUUAUGACGGAAUGUAUCACCUCGACAUCCCCAAGACGCGCCAGUACGACACCGGCAAGAUAGAGGUGAUCGCGCGCAGCUCUGCCGGCGAGGCGCUCGCCGUCACCGAGCUGCGCGUCGUCCCGAGGCACGACGAUUACAGAGGAGUACUCAAAAACGCGCCACGGCCCUGGUACGACGAAACGACGCAAUAUCAGCGCGGCGAGACCGAGCUGGAGAAGACCUUUGAGGAGAGACAGGCCAUGCAACGGCAGGGCGUCAUCGACCACAGGCCCGAGCUGAAGUCGAAAAUCGUGAAGGACGCGGAGACGGAAUGGCAGCAGACCGUGAAGAAGAAGAAGAGUGAAGAGUACUACAACAAGCUGCAGGAGUUGGAGAACGAGCAGCUAGUCAAGGAGAACCGCCACCGCGAAGGCGCGCACCAUUUCGCGCCCGCCGCGCCCAGCGCGCCCACAGUGGCGCGUGCCAUGGCGCAGCGCUAUCUGGACCACCUGGAAACCGAGGAAGUUGUUGAAAACCAAACGCAAAAGAGAAUCAUUCAGAAACCUAAGAUUCCCGAUCCGUCCGAGUCCACCGUUCACGGCAAGGAGAUUCAUGUUGCGAAGCAAAAACAAAUUCAGAAGGAGGUCGUCGGUGACACGGAGAUCACGCGCAAAAUAACCUCCACGGAGACGACAGAGAUGGAGCACAAGGCGCAGACGCAGGAGCGCGUGGUCGAGGGCGUCGUGCAGCCCAGCAACCCGCCCGUCUUCACGAAGAAGAUGCAGCCGUGCCGCGUCUUUGAACACGAACAGGCAAGGUUCGAGGUGGAGUUCGAUGGCGACCCGUUGCCGACCAUCAAAUGGUACCGCGAGAACUUCCCCAUCAAGAACUCACCGGACUUCCAGAUUCACACCUUCAGUACCAAAUCUAUACUCAUAAUCAGGCGAGUGUUCGUCGAGGACUCGGCCGUGUUCGCCGCCGUGGCCGAAAACCGCGGCGGUACCGCCAAGUGCAGCGCCAACCUCGUCGUGGAGGAGCGUCGGCGACAGGGCCGCGGAGGCCUCGUGCCGCCCAGCUUCACGCUGACGGCGCAGAACGUCAACGUUGCUUCGGGACAACUAGUGCGCUUCGACACCAAGGUGACGGGCACCAAGCCGAUCGACGUCUACUGGCUAAAGAACGGCAAGAAGGUUCAGCCCGACAUCAAGAACAAGAUCCUCGAGGAGGACGAAGUACACACCCUGCUCAUCCUCGAGGCGUAUCCACAGGACUCGGGUAAAUACGAGUGCGUGGCGAUCAAUGGCGCGGGCGAGGCACGCUGCGACGCUGAGUGCGUCGUGACCGCGCCCGCGACUCGCGCACGCUCCAAGCCCAAGAGCGAGGCCACCUCCGCACCGCCCGAGGUGCUGGAGCCGCUGCAGGACCGGACGGUCGCCGAAGGCCAGGCAAUCGAGUUCGAGUGCAAGAUCUCGGGCCGGCCCGCACCCACCGUACAGUGGUACAAGGGCGACCGGCUGAUCAAGCCCUCCAAGUACUUCCAGAUGUCACGCACGGUGGACGAUUGCGUGCUGCACAUCUCAGAGGCGUUCCCUGAGGACGAGGGCGAGUACCGCUGCGUGGCCACCAACCCCGCGGGACGCACCGCUACCAACGCGCGCCUGCGCGUGGCGGCCGAGGCGCCCACCGGCGCACCUGCGCUCACGCCGCUGCGAGACCUCGUCGUCUUCGAGGGCCAGCCGGCGCAGUUCAAGACCAAAGUGACCAGCAAGGUCAAACCAACGAUCCAGUGGCUCCGGGAAGGCGCGCUCAUACCGGAGACCCCCGAUUUCCAGAUGAUCCACGAGGGGGACAACGCCGUGCUGCUGAUCGGCAACACGUACGAGGAGGACUCGGGCACGUUCACCUGCCGCGCUACCACCGCCGCCGGCCAGGCCGAGACUUCGGCCAAGCUAGUCGUCAAAAAAUCACGGAAACAAAUAUCUCAAAGGAGUCUUGAACAAAAAACCAUUGUAUCGAAUCUUGAAACAGAAGGUUCUGAUAUAUCAACAAGUAGACUCACACAUCAAAAAACAGAGGAGACCAAUAUCUUAAAAUUACAAAAUGUAGAGAAUGUGCAAACUCGUCAGGUACCCUGGAGGAAAGCUCGAGACGCUUCAUUAACAAGAACAGAUGAGCAUACCUUAGAAACAAAACAUUGGCGAAAACCUCGUAGCGAAUUAGACAGCAAGUUGAUUACGGACAAAACUGAAGACAUCAGUGUGGAAAAAGUACAAGACGAACGUCAAAUUAGACAUCGAAGUAAGUCUCGAUCAGACAAAACUCAACAAUUUUUAGAUAAAAAAUCUAUGGUUGAAGAUAUUUCGGUUCUUGAGGUUUCUAAGGAGGAAGAAAAAAGAGUUGAGAAAUCUAUCAAAAAAGAAAUAGAAGGUGAUGAGUACCCAGACAAUAAACUAAAAGAACAAGUGCCAUGGACUCAAGAAACCAUAAAAUUACGUCCGACGAAAAUGGAAAAAACACCAAUAACAAAAGAAAAGUUUGAAGACCAAGUUCCAUGGACUCAAGAAGCGAUAAAAUUGCGUCCCACGAAAAUUGAUAAAGUACUAAUAGCUAAAGAAAAGUUUGAAGAUGUGUCAUUGAAACCAGUGAGAAAAAGUUCGUUACAAAAAACUGAAACAGUGUUAAUUGAAGAUACAAUUACAUCAAUAGAAGACACAGUUAUUUUAAAGAUUGCCGAUGAUGAAACUAUUUCGCAACUCAAUCUCUUGAAAAAGGAAAAACCAAUAGAUGAGCCUCAGCCAGAAGAGGUAUCGUGGCGUGUUGGCAAAAGGCAACCAAAAGAAGAGCCAUCAGUCGAAAAAGUAGAUCUAAAACCUGUACUAAAAUCAAAAGCUCCGGAAAAAGAAAAACCCGAAGAAGUCAGACUUAAACCACUUAAAACAGAAAACUUUAUGGAGGAACAGCAACGAGAAGAGGCUUCAUGGCGUAUUGGUAAGAGGCGACCAAACGAAGAACCAUCAGUUGAAAAAGUAGAUCUAAAACCUGUGCCAAGACCAAAAGCACCGGAAGAAGAAAAACCCGAAGAUGUCAAGCUUAAGCCAGUCAAAAAGGAGACACCAACCGAGGAACAGAAACCAGAAGAGGUUUCAUGGCGUGUUGGCAAGAGACGGCCAAAAGAAGAACCAUCAGUCGAAGGAGUAGAUCUAAAGCCUUUGCCAAAGUUAAAAGCACAGGAAGAAGAAAAGUCUCUAGAUGGCAAGCUUAAGCCAGUCAAAAGAAUAAAAUCAGAAGAGCCAACAGUUGAAGAAGUAGUCCUCGAGCCAGUGCCAAAACAAAAAGUGCCAGAAGAAGUGAAACCUGAUGAAGUGAAACUUAAGCCGUUUAAAAAAGUGAAAUCAGAAGAGCCAAUAGGAGAAGAAGUAGUUCUCAAGCCUGUGCCAAAACAAAAAGCGCCAGAAAAAGAACAACCUGAUGAAGUUAAACUUAAGCUGGUUAAGAAAGUGAAACCAGAAGAGCCAAUGGUAGAAGAAGGAUUUCUCAAGCCUGUGCCAAAACAAGAAGCACCAAAGGGAGAUAAACCCGAUGAAGUCAAGCUUAAGCCGGUCAAAAAGGUGAAAAUGGAAGAGCCAACAGCUGUAGAAGAAAAACCAGAAGAAGUUCAGCUUAAACCAAUUAAAAGGGGAAAAAUAACUGAGAAACAGGAGCCAGAAGAGGUUUCGUGGCGUGUUGGCAAAAGACUACCAAAAGAAGAAACACCAGGCGAAGCCGUGGAUCUCAAGCCCGUGCCAAAACCAAAAGUGCCAGAAGAAGAAAAACCAGAAGAAGUUUCUUGGCGUGUUGGCAAGAGGAGACCAAAAGAAGAACCAUCAGUCAAAGAAGAAGAUCUAAAGCCUGUGCCAAAAUCAAAAGCACCGGAAGAAGAAAAACCUGAAGCUGCCAAGCUUAAGCCAAUUAAACCAGGAAAGCCCACUGAGGAACAGAUUCCAGAAGAGGUUUCGUGGCGUGUUGGCAAGAGGCGACCAAAAGAAGAACCAUUAGUUGAAAAAGUAGAUCUAAAACCUGUGCCGAAAUCAAAAGUGCCUGAAGAAGAAAAACCCGAAGAUGUCAAGCUUAAGCCAGUCAAAAAGGAGAAACCAACCGUGGAACAAAAGCCAGAAGAGGUUUCGUGGCGCGUUGGCAAGAGACUGCCAAAAGAAGAACCAACAUUCGAAGAAGUAGAUCUAAAGCCUUUACCAAAAUCACAAGCACAGGAAGAAGAAAAGUCUCUAGAUGACAAGCUUAAGCCAGUCAAAAGAGUAAAAUCAGAAGAGCCAACAGUUGAAGAAGUAGUCCUCAAGCCAGUGCCAAAACAAAAAGUGCCAGAAGAAGAAAAACCUGAUGAAGUGAAACUAAAGCCGGUUAAAAAAGUGAAACCAGAAGAGCCAACUUUAGAAGAAGUAGUUCUCAAGCCAGUCCCACAACAAAAACCGCCAGAAGAAGAAAAACCUGAUGAAGUGAAACUAAAGCCAGUUAAAAAAGUUAAAUCCGAAGAGCCAAUAGUAGAAGCAGUAGUUCUCAAGCCUGUGCCAAAACAAAAAGUGGCAGAGGAAGAUAAACCCGAUCAAAUAAAGCUUAAGCCGGUCAAAAAGGUAAAACCAGAAGAGCCAACAUUUGAAGAAGCAAAACCAGAAAAAGUUGAGCUUAAACCAAUUGAGAAGGAAAAAAUUACCGAAGAACAGCAGUCAGGAGGGGUUCCGUGGCGUGUUGGCAAGAGGCAACCAAAAGAAGAAACACCAGUAGAAGAAGUGGAUCUCAAGCUCGUGCCAAAACCAAAAGCACCAGAAGAAGAAAAAUCAGAAGAAGUAAAGCUUAAGCCAGUUACAAUGCAGAAACCAACCGAGGAACAGAAACCAGAAGAGGUUUCUUGGCGUGUUGGAAAGAGACGACCAAAAAAAGAACUUUCAGAAGUAGGUCUAAAGCCAGUGCCAAAAGAAAAAGCACCAGAAGAAGAAAAAACCGAAGCAGUAAAGCUUAAACCAGUCAAAAAAGGAAAACCAGAAGAGCCAUCUGCCGAAGAAGUAAUUUUCAAGCCAGUGCCAAAACAAAAAGUGCUGGAGGAAGAAAAACCUAAUGAAAUAAAGCUUAAACCUAUUAAAAAGGUGAAACCAGAAGAGCCAACAUUCGAAGAAGUAGUUCUCAAGCCAGUGCCAAAACAAAAAGUGUCAGAGGAAGAAAAACCCGAUGAAAUAAAGCUUAAGCCUAUUAAAAAGGUACAACCAGAAGAGCCAACGGCUGAAGAAGUAGUUCUCAAGCCAGUGCCAAAACAAAAAGCACCAGAAGAAGAAAAACCAGAAGAAGUAAAGCUUAAGCCGGUCAAAAAGGUGAAACCGGAAGAGCGUUCGGCCGAAGAAGUGGUUCUCAAGCCAGUGCCAAAACAAAAAGCGCCAGAAGAAGAAAAACCAGAAGAAGUAAAGCUUAAGCCGUUCAAAAAGGUGAAACCCGAAGAGCCAACGGCCGAAGAAGUAGUUCUCAAGCCAGUGCCAAAACAAAAAGCACCAGAAGAAGAACAAUCAGAAGAAGUAAAGCUUAAGCCGGUCAAAAAGGUGAAACCGGAAGAACCAAGAGCCGAAGAAGUAAUUCUCAAACCAGUGCCAAAAGAAAAGGUGCUGGAAGAAGGAAAACCGGAAGAAAUAAAGCUUAAGCCGGUCAAAAAGAUAAAACCAGAAGAGCGUUCGGCCGAAGAAGUGGUUCUCAAGCCAGUGCCAAAACAAAAAGCGCCAGAAGAAGAAAAACCAGAAGAAGUAAAGCUUAAGCCGUUCAAAAAGGUGAAACCCGAAGAGCCAACGGCCGAAGAAGUAGUUCUCAAGCCAGUGCCAAAACAAAAAGCACCAGAAGAAGAACAAUCAGAAGAAGUAAAGCUUAAGCCGGUCAAAAAGGUGAAACCGGAAGAACCAAGAGCCGAAGAAGUAAUUCUCAAACCAGUGCCAAAAGAAAAGGUGCUGGAAGAAGGAAAACCGGAAGAAAUAAAGCUUAAGCCGGUCAAAAGGGUAAAACCAGAAGAGCGUUCGGCCGAAGAAGUGGUUCUCAAGCCAGUGCCAAAACAAAAAGCGCCAGAAGAAGAAAAACCAGAAGAAGUAAAGCUUAAGCCGUUCAAAAAGGUGAAACCCGAAGAGCCAACGGCCGAAGAAGUAGUUCUCAAGCCAGUGCCAAAACAAAAAGCACCAGAAGAAGAACAAUCAGAAGAAGUAAAGCUUAAGCCGGUCAAAAAGGUGAAACCGGAAGAACCAAGAGCCGAAGAAGUAAUUCUCAAACCAGUGCCAAAAGAAAAGGUGCUGGAAGAAGGAAAACCGGAAGAAAUAAAGCUUAAGCCGGUCAAAAGGGUAAAACCAGAAGAGCCAACGGCCGAAGAAGUAGUUCUUAAGCCAGUGCCAAUACUAAAAGCAUCAGUAGAAGAAAAACCAGAAGAAGUAAAGCUGAAGCCUGUUAAAAAGGUGAAACCAGAAGAACCGACAGUCGAAGAAAUAGUUCUCAAGCCUGUGCCAAAACAAAAAAAGCUAGAACAAGAAAAGCCCGAAGAAGUCAGGCUUAAGCCGAUGAAAAGGGAAAAGGCUGAAGAACAAGUUGAACCUGAGGAAGAAGAAGCUUAUAAACCCGAUGUGAAAGAAGAAACUAUUGAUGAAGUAUCUAAAUUUAUAGAUAAACAAAAAAAACUCAAGAAAAAAAUUGUAAAGGAAGAAAAGAAAGAAGUUGGACCAUUAAUAAUUCAGCCAUUAAAGGCCAUGACUGUAUGCAAUAGCGAUGAUUUUGAACUAGAAGUAACUUUUACGCCCACACUAGUCGACAAGAUUACUUGGUUCCGUAAUAAUCAAGUGAUUGAAAAUUGUAACGAUUAUUAUGUAACAAAUGAAAAUGGAAAAUCAAAAUUGAGAAUACUUAAAGCUGACAAAAAUAAAGUAGGCAAAUAUGAAGUACUCAUAGAAAAGGAUAAUGUGGUUAUGAAAUCUGCCAGCACUAUAAAAUUAGCAAAGCCAAGUGAGCAAGAAAGCGUAGAACCACCCAGUUUUAUUAAACCUUUAUUGCCAAAAUACGUUCGCUUGGGAGAAAUUGUUCUACUGGAGACAGAAGUAAAAUCGACUCCAUGUGCAUCCUUUCAAUGGUUCAUUGGUAAUACAGAUGUUUUGAGUUACGUCAAAGGAAAUAAAAUACAUAACAUUUAUAUAACCACUAAGCAAAACGUGUCCUGUCUUUGCAUCGAAAACAUGGCGCAGGAGCUAUUUGGGAUAAUUACAUGUAGAGCUGAAAAUUUCGGUGGUUCCGUCUCAUCGUCCGCGUCUCUGUUAGAAAAGACUGUUAUUGAGACACCCGGAAGAGUGCCUAAGUUUAUUUCACCUUUAAAAUGUGCGACUGUCAUGGAUGGUGACCAGAUAAUACUGAAAUGCACUAUAGACGCUGAACCCUGGCCUAAAAUCGAUUGGUAUCAUAAUGGAAACGUCAUCGAAUGGGCAAGAGAUAUAUCAGUCGGCCGCCAGGAAUCCGGAUUGUGUGAAUUGUGCAUAAAGGAAGCAUUUCCUGAAAUGUCAGGCACUUACAGCUGUGUGGCUACAAACGAAUUCGGGCGUAGCAGCUGCGAAUGUAUAGUGACGGUGGAAGCGUACGAAUACGUGCCGAGUGCGUCGGAGGAAGAUAUAUUGAGCGAUGAAAAAACGAGUGAUAUCGAAGAAUUCGCUCCCAAAAUCGUGAAAGCAUUACCGACAGUGGUGUCUGCUAAUGAAGGGGAGUUAACAAGAUUAGAAGCAAGAGCCAUCGGCGUUCCCACACCAGAGAUAAGAUGGUUGAAGCAAGGAGUGGAAAUCAAACAAUCUCAGGAGUAUCAGAUCGAAGAACUGGAGGACGGAACUUCGAUACUGAUCAUACCCGAAGUGUACCAGGAUGAUACAGGAGAAAUCUCUUUCGAAGCGAGCAACACUCUAGGAUCUGCUUCUACCGUGGCAGCCUUGUCUGUUGACAGCCUCAUUGGAACAAAGGAAUAUAGAAAACCAGAAUGGGUUACGCAUAUGGAAAACUUACAGGAAGUUUUAAAAGUGAGCCACUUUGUACCGACGUUUGUGAGGCCGCUGGUGAGUCAACGCGCAAGUGUCGAACAAACCGUCAUUUUCAUAGCCCGCUAUACCGGCGUGCCCAAGCCAGAAAUUAUUUGGUACAAAGACGACAAAAUCAUUCGGACCGACGAAACGUAUACGAUAGAAGAUGAUGGUGAGACAACGGUAUGCAAAAUAACCAAAAUAACCGACAAGUCUGGAGGUACUUACCGCUGCGAAGCCGUAAGCGAUGUUGGCAAAGCCUCCACUACAGCUACGUUGCGAGUUCUCAAGACGAAGGAAACAGCUGAAAAAGUCACGACAAAGAAAACAAAGAUUGUUAAGAGGGAUCAGAGGAAAAAGGAGGAAGAGGUCGUAGAAGAAGUUUCAAUUGCUCCGACGGAGGAAGUUACAGUCUUAGAGGAAGUGACAGACGAGAAGAUGCCAAUUGAAGAGGAAGAAGUCAUCGAAGAGAAGGUACUUGUCAAAGAUAACAAAGUCAAUAUCGUUGAAGACGAAACGGUCGAAAAAGUUACGACAAAGAAAACGAAGAUUGUCAAAAGGGAUCAGAAGAAAAAGGUGGAAGAGUAUAUUGAAGAAGUUUCAAGUAUCCCGACGGAGGAAGUUACAGUUUUAGAGGAAGUCACAGAAGAGAAGAUGCCGAUCAUAGAGAAAGAAGUCAUCGAAGAGAAGGCACCUGUCAAAGAUAGUAAAGUCGACAUCAUAGAAGACGAAACGGUCGAAAAAGUUGCGAUAAAGAAAACGAAGAUUGUUAAAAGGGAUCAGAAGAAAAAGGUGCAAGAGGUUGUUGAAGAAGUUUCGACUGUCCCGAUGGAGGAAGUCACACAGGAGAAGUUGCCGAUUGUAGAAAAAGAGGAAGUCACUGAAGAGCAAGCACCCGUUGAAGAUGAAGCGGCCGAAACAAUCACAAAGAAGAAAACAAAGAUCGUAAAGAAAGAACAUCGAAAACAAAAGGCUAAAGAUGUUGCGGAAGUAUUUAUUUCCGCAACUGAUGAAGUUAUAGUGCCGGAAGAAGAAACGGAAGAAAAGCCCGUUGAAGAAAGUGAUGUGGAAGCCGUGCCCGUUAUCGAAGAAACUGUAGAGAAAGUGACAAAGAAAACAAAAAUAAAGAGAGACCAUAGAAAAGAAAAGGUAAAAGAAAUAGUCAAGGAUCUUUCAAUUUCCGUCUCGGAAGAAGUUCCGGAAGAGGUCACCGAGGAGAAUGUGCCAAUUGAAGAAAUUGAAGAAGUCAGCGAAGAGAAGGCGCCGGUUGAUGUCGUGGAUACUGCGACCGUUGAAGAAGAAACAGUCAUCAAAGUUACUAAGAAAACCAAAUUGAAGAAAGAUAAAAGAAAAGAAAAGGUAGAAGAGAUUGUGGAAGACGUAUUGGUUUCCGAAACGGAAGAAAUUACGGAAAAAGUACCUAUUGAAGAAAAGGAAGCCGAUCACGUAAAAGCGGCACCCAUCGAUGAAACGACGAAACCGAUUGAAAGGUUCCCGUAUGAAAAACGAAAAGCUACAAAAACGGUCGAAGAAGAUUCGCGAAUGGUAGCUGAAGUUAACGAGCUGCUCGAAAUCAUCGAUGUGAAAGAAUUCGGACCUGGGGAAUCACCUUUACGAGAGUUGGCAAAGAUAGGUUACAUGCUUAGAAGUGGCGCGACGACACAAGAAAUCGAAAGCUUGUAUGACGCGCAGUGCUUUCCGGCGCUUCGAGCCCCGCAGGCGCAAUCUGCACUCGUCCGGCUCGUGGAGCGAAGCGGUCACAGCGCACUCAUCACUCAAGCCAUGACGGAAGAGACCACGCAGUCGGAGGAUGUCAUCGCAGCUAAGGUUGGUUUCUGCGCUUUCAUGAGAAUGAUCGCGUCCAAACAUGUCACUGUCGAAGAAGUCAUCACGCAUUUUAGUCCCGAAGACUUCAAGCCGAGAUCCUGGGAACACAAGGAAGCGAGCGAGACGAUCGUUCAGUCGAGAGUAGACCAGGUUGUGAAAACGUCAGCGAUUGAAAUCCUGAAAGAUACAACCGUCGCGCCUGCGGUGAUGCCUGUUGAUGAUAUGAAAGAAAAAACCAAAAGAAAAAAAUCCAAAAAACAACAAAUAUGUUCAAAGGAUGUAAUUGAACUAGUAGAAGAUAUUUCUAUAAAAAAGAAGCGAGAAGUUUAUCCAAAACAGACAGCAGAAUAUGUUGAAGAUGAAGAAACUAAAACUUUAGACGAUGAACAUUUUCCAUCUAUUACCACAUUGCUCACAGAUGUGCAUGACACUAAAAUUGAAGUUAUACCUGCCAGUGAAGUUGCUCACAUUGUACCUGAACAGCAAAAGUGGAAUGACAAGGCUAGUGUGAAAUUUGACACCAAUUAUCCGCUUACGAGUGACGUUCAAGAAGUUCAUGAUAAAGAAGAACCGUUAAAAGAUAAAGAAAGAACUACUUCUAAAAAUGUUCAAGAGACAUAUAAUGAAAUGGAGUCACUACAGGUAACUGAAGUAGGCGUGGAACAUUCUAUUGGAGAAUAUCAGGCGCAUACUAUAAAAAGUGAUAGUAAAGCUCGUGAAAGUAUGGUGCCUGCUGAAAAUAUUGUCACUGCAGAAACUGUUGUAAAUAUGUCUAUAACUGACAUCGAUGAAGAAGAACAAAAACACUUAGAGAAAGCAAAGUCAACAAUAAUUUUACAAGAUGCUCUAAAUGUCUCACAAGAUGAUACAACCCUUGAUGAAGUACCUUUGAAGGAAUCACCAGUUACUAAGUCUUUUGCAGAAGUAUCUGUUACACCGUUAACAGGAAUAAAGGUAACCCAAAUUGAAGGAGAAUCUAGAGAGCAUGAGUUGCAAAGUCAAAAUCUUGAUAAAUCGGUUACAUCAAAUGUUAAUUUUAAUUUAUUGGAAUCGGUAGAAGUAAGAGAAAUUUUUGUUGACGAUAAAUCGGGCAAAUACUAUCCUGAGUUAAUUGUUCCAACGGAAAUGGCUAAGAAAAAUGUAUUGGUAUCUAACCAAAUAAUCACUGAAAUUCAUGAUGUGCAAGAGAAAGAAGGAUCUCUAGGCCUACCUAAAGUACCACAUUCACGAGAAGCAAAUAUGAAUAUAGUAUCAAAAGAAAGCAUUCUUGUUUCAACGAAUGAAAUUCAUGAAAAAGAAGGGUCUCUGACAGUAUCCAACCUUCCUGCUGAAGCUAACGUCGAAAAAGAUUUAAUAUUGCAUUCAAGUUUAUGUAAUUAUAUGACUACAUCUCACAUUAAGGAGUCAGAAUUUACCCCUGACACCCCCUUAAAGAAAAAAGCUGAUAUAAGUUUCAGGGAACAUCAGCAUAAGUGUAAUCUUGAAACUAGCGUUAAUGAAUCUGAAACUUCUUUACUAGAAAGAGAAAGUGUAGUAGGUAAUCAUGCGCAUGUAAAUUUAUCGACUUUAGAUAAGAAUAUGAUCGAAGAAGUUCGAGUUCAUGAAAGUACAAAAGAAUUAGUCUGCUUGGAAGAUAAACACACCGCACAAGCACAUAUUGACAUAAAAUCUAAUGAAUCAAUUAUAACUUCAGAAACACAGGAACUGACAGCUCCGGGUAAAUUACAAUCACCCGAUAAAGUAGAUAGUCAAACAGCUACAGAAGCUGUUAUUACUGAAAAUGCUAAAAUUGUCACUACACCUUUUAUACAUGACCAAGAGACUUCACAGUUAUAUACAACUAAGACUCCAGAAAGUGCGUCUGUCUCUUUAAUACCUAAUAUAUCUGUUUCGGUUUUGGAAAUGAAUACACCAGAUAUGGAAAACAAACUAGAAAUAGACCAAAUGCCAGAAGUUUCGAGUACUCAACCAACACUUACUCAUCAUUUCAGGAGUCCUGUUUCUCAUGAGGUUACUACUGCUAACCAGGUUGAUGUUUUACAACCAUUUAACAUAAAAUCAAACACUGCUACUGAACAAAGAGAUUUACAAAAAGAAGUAACAAUUCUUCAAACGACAGUACAAGAACAACUACAAAAAUUGGAUGGACAUCCUGCUAAUCAAUCAAAAGCUUUCACAUCCUUUACAGAAAAUGAAAGUUUAAAUAUUAUCGAAACAGUUCCCAGCUGUACAGAGACAGACUUAAUUACUGACACAACGAUAUCAAAUAAAUAUGCGAAGGUAGAUAUUGACAUAAACCAAAAAGCUCCGGUAAUAACAGAAGUAAAUUUACGUGACUCUACAAUGCAACUAGAAACUCUACAAAAGCAAAGUCGUGAGGCAAAUAUCACCUCCCAACCUAUUUUCCCAAUUGAAAUUGCUGAGCACGAAGUCUUAGAUAGCCAAGAUAUUUUAGAAACUACACUGGAACCUAGCUUGAAAUCACUUAGUUCAGAAAUAAUUCCAGAACAAGGAUCUCUUAAAAUAUCUGAAAUAUUGGCACAUGAAAAAGAAGAGCCUUAUAAAUAUGUCUCACCAUUGGAAAAAGUUUGUGAACCUAUAACUGACUUAAUUGGCAGACCAGUAGCAACCUCCUUAGAAUUAGUUGCUGAUUCUAGCGUAGCUUUUACUGAAACAUUUGACAUGUCUAGAACUAUCUCAAAAGCAAAAAUAGAAAAUAUGACUCAUAAAGAAAUUGUUAUAUCCACUGCUGAAUGUAAUGAAAAAGAGAGCUCAUUAAUUUUAAUUAAACCUCAGUCUACUGCAGCGAAAUUCAAUAUUGAUUCCAUUCAGGCUAUUCAAAUAAAUGAAACUACAUCUGAAACAUUACCAUCGCUGCUUGAAACUCAAUGUAAUUUACAUCAAGUAGCAUUGACACCAGCGCCGAUUAUAUCUGAGGCUAUUGUACAACAAGAAACUAUAGCAAAUUCUUCAGAAGUAAUAUUUGACGCACCAGAAGAAGCUCAAUGUACAAAAGCUUUAGUUACUGUUGCUGCUCAUUAUUCUCCAAAACAAAUGGUUGAUGUAACAGCCGAAAAAGAAAACGAAUUAGUUUUAUCAAAAACUCCAGAACAGCAAAAAGUGAAUAUUAAAAUAUGUGAGCAUAGUGGCGUAGAAGUCACCGAGACCUUAUCUCAAACCAAUAAUUUGGAAGAAACUGAUAAUUUUGAAUCGCCAAGUAAAAAAGCGCAACUGAAAAUCGAUGAAACGUAUGGCAAGGCUGCUAACAUAGAAGAGAUUACUGUCAUUCAGUCUGCAAAAGAGUUCAUACAAGAUGUUAUCGAGCAAAAACCUGUGGUAAAAUCUUGUGAUUUUUUCAAUUUAGAGCAAACAGAAACAGUAGUUGCAGACAGUGAAGGUGUAUUGUUACACGAAAAACCAUUAACAUAUAAUGUUAAGUCAAAUUUCGUUGAAUCUCAAUCUAUAAUAGGAAGUUCUGUCAAUACCACCGAAAAAGAAAGAGAAUUUGUGGACCAGUUCGUCAUGCCUAUUCAUGAUGCUUCACUUGAGUUUUUGCCGCAUAGUGGAAUUAUUAGUACUGAAGUGAAUGUGUCUAACAAGGCUGAAAAUAUUGAACUACUUGAAGAAGUACCUGCAGAACGAGUUAUAAAGCCAAAUGUUGAAUCGCAAACAGCAGUUGAUGUUACAGAAGUUUUACUUGGUGAGUCGGAAACUUCAUUUAAGGAAGUACCUGCAGCAAAAUCACAUAUACUUCAACUUGGACAAGAUAUCCUUCUUCAGAAUUCUCUAAAAACUACUGAAACUUUUGUUAGCGAACAAGAAGAUCAGCUAGUAUUAUUAAAUAAUGCAAAACCGCAAAAGGCAGAUAUAAAAGUAAAACCAUCACAACAUAUUGACAUGUCAGAAGAGGUAGUGGCUGAAAAGGUAUCUAAAUUAAAUGUGAACAAAAUGCCAACAACGUCUAUUAAUAUAGAUAUCCCUUUACAGACCUCUCUAGGAACCACUGAAACUUUUGUCAGCGAACAAGAAGGUCAGCUGGUACCGUCAAAUAAUGUAAAACAGCAAAAGGCAGAUAUUAGUGUUAAACCCUCACAAUACAUUGACAUGUCAGAAGAGGUAGUUGCUGAAAAGGAAUCUAAAUUAAACGUGGAAGAAAUGUCUUCAAUGUCUAUUAAUAUAGAUAUCUGUCCACAGACCUCUUUAGGAACCACUGAAACUUUUGUUAACGAACAAGAGGGUCAGCUGGUAUCAUUAAAGAAAGCAAAAUCGCAAAAGGCUGAGAUUAGUUUAAAAUCAUCACAAUACAUUGACAUGACAGAAGAGGUAGUGGCUGAAAAGGAAUCUGAAUUAAAUGUUGAAGAAAUGUCUUCAACGUCUAUUAAUAUAGAUAUCUCUCCACAGACCUCUUUAGGAACCACUGAAACUUUUGUUAACGAACAAGAAGGUCAGCUGGUAUCUUUUAAGAAAGCAAAACCGCAAAAGGCAGACAUUAGUGUAAAAUCAUCACAAUACAUUGACAUAACAGAAGAAAUAGUGGCUGAAAAGGAAUCUAAAUUAAACGUGGAAGAAAUGUCAACAACGUCUAUUAAUAUAGAUAUCCCUCUUCAAAGUUCCCUAGGAACUGCUGAAACUUUUGUUAGCGAACAAGAAGGUCAGCUGUUAUCGCUAAUGAAUGCUAAACCACAAAAGGCUGAUAUUAGAGUAAAACCAUCACAAUACAUUGACAUGUCAGAAGAAGUAGUCGCUGAAAAGGAAUCUAAAUUAAACGUAGAAGAAAUGUCAAAAACGUCUAUUACUAUAGAUAUCCCUCUUCAAACUUCUCUAGGAACCACUGAAACUUUUGUUAACGAACAAGAAGAUCAGCUAGUAUCGUUCGAUAAUGCAAAACUGCAAAAGGCAGAUAUUAGUGUAAAACCAUCACAACACAUUGACAUGUCAGAAGAAGUAGUGGCUGAAAAGGAAUCUAAAUUGAAUGUAGACAAAAUGUCUACAACUUUUAUUAAUAACGUGACUUUUGACACUUUACAACAUAUAAAUGUUGACAUUUGUCACGUGUCUGAAGUAGAAGACGUCAUUGACAAGCUAAACUAUGCAACAAAACAAAUAAAAGAUUUUAGUUUAGAUUCUCUCACACCUAUUUAUACUAGUGAAGUCAAACCUGAAGAACAUACGGAAAUAUUGUUGGGUCCUAGCGAAUUAAGAAAGGAAAACUCAUUUUUAAAUCUGGAAGUUGGUGACCAUAUAAAUACUGCAGAAGUAAUUCCUUUAGAAAAAGGAGAAUUAUUAGAUACAAUUUCAUUUGAUAAGCCAGAAUAUGUAUCUGAAAACAUAGAACCAGCAAAACAUGUAACAGUUCUUCAAAUAGAAUCCAUAGAACAAGAACAGUCUUUAGAAAACGAGAUAGAACAAAAACCUAAACGUGUUAAUGUUUCUGUUGAAAGUAAGUCCUCUAUUGUUGUUCAAGAAAUAAUACCAAAAGAGUCAGAAUUACUACUUCCACAAGAGUAUUUACCAAAAGGAGAAAAAACAUCUGCCCAGUUUGAAUCGCAAAAACACGUAGUAGUUACAGAUGUCUUUCCUGAAGAAAGAGAAGAAUUCCUCAAAUCUGAUAACCAUCCUCUUAUUGAAGAACGAAAAAUAGGGAUCGAGACCACUAGUCAUAUUUUAACAAGUGAGAAUAUAGCUAUUCAAGACACUGUAAAACUAGUUGGAGACAAAGAGAUAAAAGGUGAAAAAGCUUUAGAAACACAACUGUUCGUAGAAAGCUUGAAUAAGCAAGAGCCACAUAUAAUUGAAACUAUUGGAAUACUUGAUACAUCCAAAGAGCUACCAAAGUCUGUUGCGACGGAAACAAUUUCUGGUUUUAAAGCUGCAGAAUGUACAGAAAUAUUUGUUCAGGAAAAGCCAGAUACCUUCCAGGAAUACUCAAAUAAGGUAGAGAAUGUGGAACCAAUGCAAACUACCGAAAAAGAAGUUAUAACAUCUUUACCCCACGUAAUUGAAAGUGUUUUUCAAUUACCUGACAGUCACAUCACACCGAAUUCUGUAAAGUAUGAAUUUGAAGUUAAUAAAAGCUAUAUUACGGAGGAAAAUAUUGUUCAAGAAUUUCCAGAAAAUAUAGAUACUCUAACAGACAUUCCAAAGAAAGCUGAUGAAAAAAUUAUUGAACUAAAAAGCAUCGAACAAACAGAAAUUGUGGUAGAUGAGAAACCACAAACUUUUGAUAAAUCUAAAAUAUUCGCGACUCAGCAAGCCGAAGAAAAAUCGGUUAUCGUAGAAGGGUUGAGCAACACAAAACAGCAAAUACUAGAAACUACGCAUGAUGUUUUCACAUCGUUGCAAUCGGAACCUAUCAAAGCUAGUCUUAAUGUAGACCAUAUUUCAAGUUAUGUUGUUACCGAAAAUAUUUGUGAAGAGUCAACCACUGAUGUUCUAAAAGUACAAACCAAGAAAUCUAACGUUAAAGAAGAAAUUCUACUGUUAAAACCAAUAGAACAAACAGAGGUUAUUGUUGAUGAAAAUACCGAAACUCUAGCGAAACAAACUGUUGAAUUAAAAACAGCUGAACUUAAACCAUCCCAACGUGAAAUGACUGAAGACGAAGAAAAUGUUAUGAUAUCGCGAGAAAAUAUUUAUAUUAUAGAAGAAGACCGUCUUCAUUCUAUUUCACCUAAAUCAUCAGAUGUAGAGGAAACUGAAGAAAUUGUAACCAAGUUUAUACAAGCUCCUGGGCAAAGCGAACCUGUGCAAAUUAAAACCAAAAGAACGAUAUUAAGAAACAAGAAAAGAACAAAAGGUCAUGACGGUGAUAUUGUGAUAGAAGAAACGAUAGACGAUGACGUCGGUAUCCAACCCAAAAUUGAUUUAUAUCAUGAAGUCCAAAUAGAAGAAUACGAAGGGGAAGACUUGUCAAACAAUGAAACUUCAGACAGAAGCAUGGUUGAAUUACCAGAAGAACAUCUUAAAAUACCUAAGAUGCUAACUGGAGUAUGCAUUGAAGAAAUGAAAGAGGACGAAAUAAAACCUAAGGAAGUUACAGUUAGUAUAGUUAAAACUGAAACUGGGGAGACUAAGACGGUGAAAACCACUAAACGCGUUAUCAAGACAGAUAAAGGUAAAAAGAAAGAAGCCACUGAGAUAAUAAUUACUGAGCAGGACGGCGAAGUACCAAUAGCAACUGUAACGGUCAGAGAAGAUACGGUACCAGACGAAGACAAACAAGUUGAGAUUGUCGAGCUACCAGAGGAGACUACCUUUGAAGAAAUCGAGACUCCUGAAGGUAAGCGCACGGUAAAGAAAACGACAAAACGCCGCACUAUCAAAAAGUUAGCUCCGAAAGCAGUAACAUCGCACACCGAACAAGAAGACGAAAAGACACCUGUUGUCACAGAACACACUACACAAGAACCCACUGACGAAACACUCACACCUUUCGAUGACACAAUUAUGUCCGAAAACGCCAAGGUGAUCGAAGAGCUACCUGAGGACGUCCAAGUCACUGAAGUCAAGACUGAAACUGGUGAAACAAAGAAGAUUAAAACUACUAAACGAAUAACCAAGAAAGACAAAGGUAAAACGAAAGAGGUCACUGAGACAGUCACUGUGGAAAUGGACGGCGAAGUACCAAUCACAACCGUAAUGGUCAGAGAAGAUACGGUACCAGACGAAGCGGAAGACAAACCGGUUGAGAUUGUCGAGCUACCAGAGGAGACUACCUUUGAAGAAAUCGAGACUCCUGAAGGUAAGCGCACGGUAAAGAAAACGACUAAACGCCGCACUAUCAAAAAGUUAGCUCCAAAAGCAGUUACAUCGCACACUGAACAAGAAGACGACAAGACACCUGUUGUCACAGAACACACCACACAAGAACCCACUGACGAAGCACUCACACCUUUCGAUGACACAAUUAUGCCCGAAAAUGCCAAGGUGGUCGAAGAGCUACCUGAGGACGUUCAAGUCACUGAAGUCAAGACUGAAACUGGUGAAACAAAGAAGAUUAAAACUACUAAACGAAUAACCAAGAAAGACAAAGGUAAAACGAAAGAAGUCACUGAGAUAGUCACUGUGGAAAUGGACGGCGAAAUACCAAUCACAACUGUAACGGUCAGAGAAGAUACGGUACCAGACGAAGCGGAAGACAAACCGGUUGAGAUUGUCGAGCUGCCAGAGGAGACUACCUUUGAAGAAAUCGAGACUCCUGAAGGUAAACGCACGGUAAGGAAAACGACUAAACGCCGCACUAUCAAAAAGUUAGCUCCAAAAGCAGUAACAUCGCACACUGAACAAGAAGACGACAAGACACCUGUUGUCACAGAACGCACUACACAAGAACCCACUGACGAAACACUCACAUCUUUCGAUGACACAAUUAUGCCCGAAAACGCCAAGGUGGUCGAAGAGCUACCUGAGGACGUUCAAGUCACUGAAGUCAAGACUGAAACUGGUGAAACAAAGAAGAUUAAAACUACUAAACGAAUAACCAAGAAAGACAAAGGUAAAACGAAAGAGGUCACUGAGACAGUCACUGUGGAAAUGGACGGCGAAGUACCAAUCACAACUGUAACGGUCACAGAAGACACGGUACCAGACGAAGCGGAGGACAAACCGGUUGAGAUUGUCGAACUACCAGAGGAGACUACCUUUGAAGAAAUCGAGACUCCUGAAGGUAAGCGCACGGUAAGGAAAACGACUAAACGCCGCACUAUCAAAAAGUUAGCUCCAAAAGCAGUUACAUCGCACACUGAACAAGAAGACGACAAGACACCUGUUGUCACAGAACACACCACACAAGAACCCACUGACGAAGCACUCACACCUUUCGAUGACACAAUUAUGCCCGAAAACGCCAAGGUGGUCGAAGAGCUACCUGAGGACGUUCAAGUCACUGAAGUCAAGACUGAAACUGGAGAAACAAAGAAGAUUAAAACUACUAAACGAAUAACCAAGAAAGACAAAGGUAAAACGAAAGAGGUCACUGAGACAGUCACUGUGGAAAUGGACGGCGAAGUACCAAUCACAACUGUAACGGUCACAGAAGACACGGUACCAGACGAAGCGGAAGACAAACCGGUUGAGAUUGUCGAACUACCAGAGGAGACUACCUUUGAAGAAAUCGAGACUCCUGAAGGUAAGCGCACGGUAAGGAAAACGACUAAACGCCGCACUAUCAAAAAGUUAGCUCCAAAAGCAGUUACAUCGCACACUGAACAAGAAGACGACAAGACACCUGUUGUCACAGAACACACCACACAAGAACCCACUGACGAAGCACUCACACCUUUCGAUGACACAAUUAUGCCCGAAAAUGCCAAGGUGGUCGAAGAGCUACCUGAGGACGUUCAAGUCACUGAAGUCAAGAAUGAAACUGGUGAAACAAAGAAGAUUAAAACUACUAAACGAAUAACCAAGAAAGACAAGGGUAAAACGAAAGAGGUCACUGAGACAGUCACUGUGCAAAUGGACGGUGAAGUACCAAUCACAACCGUAACGGUCAGAGAAGAUACGGUACCAGACGAAGCGGAAGACAAACCGGUUGAGAUUGUCGAGCUGCCAGAGGAGACUACCUUUGAAGAAAUCGAGACUCCUGAAGGUAAGCGCACGGUAAGGAAAACGACUAAACGCCGCACUAUCAAAAAGUUAGCUCCAAAAGCAGUUACAUCGCACACUGAACAAGAAGACGACAAGACACCUGUUGUCACAGAACACACCACACAAGAACCCACUGACGAAGCACUCACACCUUUCGAUGACACAAUUAUGUCCGAAAACACCAAGGUGAUCGAAGAGCUACCUGAGGACGUCCAAGUCACUGAAGUCAAGACUGAAACUGGUGAAACAAAGAAGAUUAAAACUACUAAACGAAUAACCAAGAAAGACAAAGGUAAAACGAAAGAGGUCACUGAGACAGUCACUGUGGAAAUGGACGGCGAAGUACCAAUCACAACCGAAACGGUCAGAGAAGAUACGGUACCAGACGAAGCGGAAGACAAACCGGUUGAGAUUGUCGAGCUGCCAGAGGAGACUACCUUUGAAGAAAUCGAGACUCCUGAAGGUAAGCGCACGGUAAGGAAAACGACUAAACGCCGCACUAUCAAAAAGUUAGCUCCAAAAGCAGUUACAUCGUACACUGAACAAGAAGACGACAAGACACCUGUUGUCACAGAACACACCACACAAGAACCCACUGACGAAGCACUCACACCUUUCGAUGACACAAUUAUGCCCGAAAAUGCCAAGGUGGUCGAAGAGCUACCUGAGGACGUUCAAGUCACUGAAGUCAAGACUGAAACUGGUGAAACAAAGAAGAUUAAAACUACUAAACGAAUAACCAAGAAAGACAAGGGUAAAACGAAAGAGGUCACUGAGACAGUCACUGUGGAAUUGGACGGUGAAGUACCAAUCACAACCGUAACAGUCAGAGAAGAUACGGUACCAGACGAAGCGGAAGACAAACCGGUUGAGAUUGUCGAGCUACCAGAGGAAACUACCUUUGAAGAAAUCGAGACUCCUGAAGGUAAGCGCACGGUAAGGAAAACGACUAAACGCCGCACUAUCAAAAAGUUAGCUCCAAAAGCAGUUACAUCGAUUAAAACUACUAAACGAAUAACCAAGAAAGACAAAGGUAAAACGAAAGAGGUCACUGAGACAGUCACUGUGGAAAUGGACGGCGAAGUACCAAUCACAACUGUAACGGUCACAGAAGACACGGUACCAGACGAAGCGGAGGACAAACCGAUUAAAACUACUAAACGAAUAACCAAGAAAGACAAAGGUAAAACGAAAGAGGUCACUGAGACAGCCACUGUGGAAAUGGACGGCAAAGUACCAAUCACAACUGUAACGGUCACAGAAGACACGGUACCAGACGAAGCGGAAGACAAACCGGUUGAGAUUGUCGAACUACCAGAGGAGACUACCUUUGAAGAAAUCGAGACUCCUGAAGGUAAGCGCACGGUAAGGAAAACGACUAAACGCCGCACUAUCAAAAAGUUAGCUCCAAAAGCAGUUACAUCGCACACUGAACAAGAAGACGACAAGACACCUGUUGUCACAGAACACACCACACAAGAACCCACUGACGAAGCACUCACACCUUUCGAUGACACAAUUAUGCCCGAAAAUGCCAAGGUGGUCGAAGAGCUACCUGAGGACGUUCAAGUCACUGAAGUCAAGGCUGAAACUGGUGAAACAAAGAAGAUUAAAACUACUAAACGAAUAACCAAGAAAGACAAGGGUAAAACGAAAGAGGUCACUGAGACAGUCACUGUGGAAAUGGACGGUGAAGUACCAAUCACAACCGUAACGGUCAGAGAAGAUACGGUACCAGACGAAGCGGAAGACAAACCGAUUAAAACUACUAAACGAAUAUCCAAGAAAGACAAAGGUAAGACGAAAGAGGUCACUGAGACAGUCACUGUGGAAAUGGACGGUGAAGUACCAAUCACAACCGUAACGGUCAGAGAAGAUACGGUACCAGACGAAGCGGAAGACAAACCGGUUGAGAUUGUCGAGCUACCAGAGGAAACUACCUUUGAAGAAAUCGAGACUCCUGAAGGUAAGCGCACGGUAAGGAAAACGACUAAACGCCGCACUAUCAAAAAUUUAGCUCCAAAAGCAGUAACAUCGCACACUGAACAAGAAGACGACAAGACACCUGUUGUCACAGAACACACUAAACAAGAACCCACUGACGAAACACUCACAUCUUUCGAUGACACAAUUAUGCCCGAAAACGCCAAGGUGGUCGAAGAGCUACCUGAGGACGUUCAAGUCACUGAAGUCAAGACUGAAACUGGUGAAACAAAGAAGAUUAAAACUACUAAACGAAUAACCAAGAAAGACAAAGGUAAAACGAAAGAGGUCACUGAGACAGUCACUGUGGAAAUGGACGGCGAAGUACCAAUCACAACUGUAACGGUCACAGAAGACACGGUACCAGACGAAGCGGAGGACAAACCGAUUAAAACUACUAAACGAAUAACCAAGAAAGACAAAGGUAAAACGAAAGAGGUCACUGAGACAGUCACUGUGGAAAUGGACGGUGAAGUACCAAUCACAACCGUAACGGUCAGAGAAGAUACGGUACCAGACGAAGCGGAAGACAAACCGGUUGAGAUUGUCGAGCUACCAGAGGAAACUACCUUUGAAGAAAUCGAGACUCCUGAAGGUAAGCGCACGGUAAGGAAAACGACUAAACGCCGCACUAUCAAAAAGUUAGCUCCAAAAGCAGUUACAUCGCACACUGAACAAGAAGACGACAAGACACCUGUUGUCACAGAACACACUACACAAGAACCCACUGACGAAACACUCACAUCUUUCGAUGACACAAUUAUGCCCGAAAACGCCAAGGUGGUCGAAGAGCUACCUGAGGACGUUCAAGUCACUGAAGUCAAGACUGAAACUGGAGAAACAAAGAAGAUUAAAACUACUAAACGAAUAACCAAGAAAGACAAAGGUAAAACGAAAGAGGUCACUGAGACAGUCACUGUGGAAAUGGACGGCGAAGUACCAAUCACAACUGUAACGGUCACAGAAGACACGGUACCAGACGAAGCGGAAGACAAACCGACACCUUUCGAUGACACAAUUAUGCCCGAAAACGCCAAGGUGGUCGAAGAGCUACCUGAGGACGUUCAAGUCACUGAAGUAAAGACUGAAACUGGUGAAACAAAGAAGAUUAAAACUUCUAAAAGAAUAUCCAAGAAAGACAAAGGUAAAACGAAAGAGGUCACUGAGACAGUCACUGUGGAAAUGGACGGCGAAGUACCAAUCACAACUGUAACGGUCACAGAAGACACGGUACCAGACGAAGCGGAGGACAAACCGGUUGAGAUUGUCGAACUACCAGAGGAGACUACCUUUGAAGAAAUCGAGACUCCUAAAGGUAAGCGCACGGUAAGGAAAACGACUAAACGCCGCACUAUCAAAAAGUUAGCUCCAAAAGCAGUUACAUCGCACACUGAACAAGAAGACGACAAGACACCUGUUGUCACAGAACACACUACACAAGAACCCACUGACGAAACACUCACACCUUUCGAUGACACAAUUAUGCCCGAAAACGCCAAGGUGGUCGAAGAGCUACCUGAGGACGUUCAAGUCACUGAAGUAAAGACUGAAACUGGUGAAACAAAGAAGAUUAAAACUACUAAACGAAUAACCAAGAAAGACAAAGGUAAAACGAAAGAGGUCACUGAGACAGUCACUGUGGAAAUGGACGGCGAAGUACCAAUCACAACUGUAACGGUCAGAGAAGAUACGGUACCAGACGAAGAGGAAGACAAACCGGUUGAGAUUGUCGAGCUACCAGACGAGACUACCUUUGAAGAAAUCGAGACUCCUGAAGGUAAGCGCACGGUAAGGAAAACGACUAAACGCCGCACUAUCAAAAAGUUAGCUCCAAAAGCAGUUACAUCGCACACUGAACAAGAAGACGACAAGACACCUGUUGUCACAGAACACACUACACAAGAACCCACUGACGAAACACUCACACCUUUCGAUGACACAAUUAUGCCCGAAAACGCCAAGGUGGUCGAAGAGCUACCUGAGGACGUUCAAGUCACUGAAGUCAAGACUGAAACUGGUGAAACAAAGAAGAUUAAAACUACUAAACGAAUAACCAAGAAAGACAAAGGUAAAAAGAAAGAGGUCACUGAGACAGUCACUGUGGAAAUGGACGGCGAAGUACCAAUCACAACUGUAACGGUCACAGAAGACACGGUACCAGACGAAGCGGAAGACAAACCGGUUGAGAUUGUCGAACUACCAGAGGAGACUACCUUUGAAGAAAUCGAGACUCCUGAAGGUAAGCGCACGGUAAGGAAAACGACUAAACGCCGCACUAUCAAAAAGUUAGCUCCAAAAGCAGUUACAUCGCACACUGAACAAGAAGACGACAAGACACCUGUUGUCACAGAACACACUACACAAGAACCCACUGACGAAACACUCACACCUUUCGAUGACACAAUUAUGCCCGAAAACGCCAAGGUGGUCGAAGAGCUACCUGAGGACGUUCAAGUCACUGAAGUCAAGACUGAAACUGGAGAAACAAAGAAGAUUAAAACUACUAAACGAAUAACCAAGAAAGACAAAGGUAAAACGAAAGAGGUCACUGAGACAGUCACUGUGGAAAUGGACGGCGAAGUACCAAUCACAACUGUAACGGUCACAGAAGAUACGGUACCAGACGAAGCGGAAGACAAACCGGUUGAGAUUGUCGAACUACCAGAGGAGACUACCUUUGAAGAAAUCGAGACUCCUGAAGGUAAGCGCACGGUAAAGAAAACGACUAAACGCCGCACUAUCAAAAAGUUAGCUCCAAAAGCAGUUACAUCGCACACCGAACAAGAAGACGACAAGACACCUGUUGUCACAGAACACACUACACAAGAACCCACUGACGAAACAUUCACACCUUUCGAUGACACAAUUAUGCCCGAAAACGCCAAGGUGGUCGAAGAGCUACCUGAGGACGUUCAAGUCACUGAAGUCAAGACUGAAACUGGCGAAACAAAGAAGAUUAAAACUACUAAACGAAUAACCAAGAAAGACAAAGGUAAAACGAAAGAGGUCACUGAGACAGUCACUGUGGAAAUGGACGGCGAAGUACCAAUCACAACUGUAACGGUCACAGAAGACACAGUAUCAAACGAAGCGGAAGACAAACCGGUUGAGAUUGUCGAACUACCAGAGGAGACUACCUUUGAAGAAAUCGAGACUCCUGAAGGUAAGCGCACGGUAAGGAAAACGACUAAACGCCGCACUAUCAAAAAGUUAGCUCCAAAAGCAGUUACAUCGCACACUGAACAAGAAGACGACAAGACACCUGUUGUCACAGAACACACUACACAAGAACCCACUGACGAAACACUCACAUCUUUCGAUGACACAAUUAUGCCCGAAAACGCCAAGGUGGUCGAAGAGCUACCUGAGGACGUUCAAGUCACUGAAGUCAAGACUGAAACUGGCGAAACAAAGAAGAUUAAAACUACUAAACGAAUAACCAAGAAAGACAAAGGUAAGACGAAAGAGGUCACUGAGACAGUCACUGUGGAAAUGGACGGCGAAGUACCAAUCACAACUGUAACGGUCACAGAAGACACGGUACCAGACGAAGCGGAAGACAAACCGGUUGAGAUUGUCGAACUACCAGAGGAGACUACCUUUGAAGAAAUCGAGACUCCUGAAGGUAAGCGCACGGUAAGGAAAACGACUAAACGCCGCACUAUCAAAAAGUUAGUUCCAAAAGCAGUUACAUCGCACACUGAACAAGAAGACGACAAGACACCUGUUGUCACAGAACACACUACACAAGAACCCACUGACGAAACAUUCACACCUUUCGAUGACACAAUUAUGCCCGAAAACGCCAAGGUGGUCGAAGAGCUACCUGAGGACGUUCAAGUCACUGAAGUCAAGACUGAAACUGGUGAAACAAAGAAGAUUAAAACUACUAAACGAAUAUCCAAGAAAGACAAAGGUAAGACGAAAGAGGUCACUGAGACAGUCACUGUGGAAAUGGACGGCGAAGUACCAAUCACAACUGUAACGGUCACAGAAGACACGGUACCAGACGAAGCGGAAGACAAACCGGUUGAGAUUGUCGAACUACCAGAGGAGACUACCUUUGAAGAAAUCGAGACUCCUGAAGGUAAGCGCACGGUAAGGAAAACGACUAAACGCCGCACUAUCAAAAAGUUAGUUCCAAAAGCAGUUACAUCGCACACUGAACAAGAAGACGACAAGACACCUGUUGUCACAGAACACACUACACAAGAACCCACUGACGAAACAUUCACACCUUUCGAUGACACAAUUAUGCCCGAAAACGCCAAGGUGGUCGAAGAGCUACCUGAGGACGUUCAAGUCACUGAAGUCAAGACUGAAACUGGUGAAACAAAGAAGAUUAAAACUACUAAACGAAUAUCCAAGAAAGACAAAGGUAAGACGAAAGAGGUCACUGAGACAGUCACUGUGGAAAUGGACGGCGAAGUACCAAUCACAACCGUAACGGUCAGAGAAGAUACGGUACCAGACGAAGCGGAAGACAAACCGGUUGAGAUUGUUGAGCUACCAGAGGAGACUACCUUUGAAGAAAUCGAGACUCCUGAAGGUAAGCGCACGGUAAGGAAAACGACUAAACGCCGCACUAUCAAAAAGUUAGCUCCAAAAGCAGUUACAUCGCACACUGAACAAGAAGACGACAAUACACCUGUUGUCACAGAACACACUACACAAGAACCCACUGACGAAACACUCACACCUUUCGAUGACACAAUUAUGCCCGAAAACGCCAAGGUGGUCGAAGAAGAAGACACGGUACCGGACGAAGCGGAAGACAAACCGGUUGAGAUUGUCGAGCUACCAGAGGAGACUACCUUUGAAGAAAUCGAGACUCCUGAAGGUAAGCGCACGGUAAGGAAAACGACUAAACGCCGCACUAUCAAAAAGUUAGCUCCUAAAGCAGUUACAUCGCACACUGAACAAGAAGACGACAAGACACCUGUUGUCACAGAACACACUACACAAGAACCCACUGACGAAACAUUCACACCUUUCGAUGACACAAUUAUGCCCGAAAACGCCAAGGUGGUCGAAGAGCUACCUGAGGACGUUCAAGUCACUGAAGUCAAGACUGAAACUGGUGAAACAAAGAAGAUUAAAACUACUAAACGAAUAUCCAAGAAAGACAAAGGUAAGACGAAAGAGGUCACUGAGACAGUCACUGUGGAAAUGGACGGCGAAGUACCAAUCACAACUGUAACGGUCAGAGAAGACACGGUACCGGACGAAGCGGAAGACAAACCGGUUGAGAUUGUCGAGCUACCAGAGGAGACUACCUUUGAAGAAAUCGAGACUCCUGAAGGUAAGCGCACGGUAAGGAAAACGACUAAACGCCGCACUAUCAAAAAGUUAGUUCCAAAAGCAGUUACAUCGCACACUGAACAAGAAGACGACAAGACACCUGUUGUCACAGAACACACUACACAAGAACCCACUGACGAAACACUCACACCUUUCGAUGACACAAUUAUGCCCGAAAACGCCAAGGUGGUCGAAGAGCUACCUGAGCACGUUCAAGUCACUGAAGUAAAGACUGAAACUGGUGAAACAAAGAAGAUUAAAACUACUAAACGUAUAUCCAAGAAAGACAAAGGUAAAACGAAAGAGGUCACUGAGACAGUCACUGUGGUAAUGGACGGCGAAGUACCAAUCACAACUGUAACGGUCACAGAAGACACGGUACCAGACGAAGCGGAAGACAAACCGGUUGAGAUUGUCGAACUACCAGAGGAGACUACCUUUGAAGAAAUCGAGACUCCUGAAGGUAAGCGCACGGUAAAGAAAAUGACUAAACGCCGCACUAUCAAAAAGUUAGCUCCAAAAGCAGUUACAUCGCACACCGAACAAGAAGACGACAAGACACCUGUUGUCACAGAACACACUACACAAGAACCCACUGACGAAACAUUCACACCUUUCGAUGACACAAUUAUGCCCGAAAACGCCAAGGUGGUCGAAGAGCUACCUGAGGACGUUCAAGUCACUGAAGUCAAGACUGAAACUGGUGAAACAAAGAAGAUUAAAACUACUAAACGAAUAUCCAAGAAAGACAAAGGUAAGACGAAAGAGGUCACUGAGACAGUCACUGUGGAAAUGGACGGCGAAGUACCAAUCACAACUGUAACGGUCAGAGAAGACACGGUACCAGACGAAGCGGAAGACAAACCGGUUGAGAUUGUCGAGCUACCAGAGGAGACUACCUUUGAAGAAAUCGAGACUCCUGAAGGUAAGCGCACGGUAAGGAAAACGACUAAACGCCGCACUAUCAAAAAGUUAGCUCCUAAAGCAGUUACAUCGCACACUGAACAAGAAGACGACAAGACACCUGUUGUCACAGAACACACUACACAAGAACCCACUGACGAAACAUUCACACCUUUCGAUGACACAAUUAUGCCCGAAAACGCCAAGGUGGUCGAAGAGCUACCUGAGGACGUUCAAGUCACUGAAGUCAAGACUGAAACUGGUGAAACAAAGAAGAUUAAAACUACUAAACGAAUAUCCAAGAAAGACAAAGGUAAGACGAAAGAGGUCACUGAGACAGUCACUGUGGAAAUGGACGGCGAAGUACCAAUCACAACUGUAACGGUCAGAGAAGACACGGUACCGGACGAAGCGGAAGACAAACCGGUUGAGAUUGUCGAGCUACCAGAGGAGACUACCUUUGAAGAAAUCGAGACUCCUGAAGGUAAGCGCACGGUAAGGAAAACGACUAAACGCCGCACUAUCAAAAAGUUAGUUCCAAAAGCAGUUACAUCGCACACUGAACAAGAAGACGACAAGACACCUGUUGUCACAGAACACACUACACAAGAACCCACUGACGAAACACUCACACCUUUCGAUGACACAAUUAUGCCCGAAAACGCCAAGGUGGUCGAAGAGCUACCUGAGCACGUUCAAGUCACUGAAGUAAAGACUGAAACUGGUGAAACAAAGAAGAUUAAAACUACUAAACGUAUAUCCAAGAAAGACAAAGGUAAAACGAAAGAGGUCACUGAGACAGUCACUGUGGAAAUGGACGGCGAAGUACCAAUCACAACUGUAACGGUCACAGAAGACACGGUACCAGACGAAGCGGAAGACAAACCGGUUGAGAUUGUCGAACUACCAGAGGAGACUACCUUUGAAGAAAUCGAGACUCCUGAAGGUAAGCGCACGGUAAAGAAAAUGACUAAACGCCGCACUAUCAAAAAGUUAGCUCCAAAAGCAGUUACAUCGCACACCGAACAAGAAGACGACAAGACACCUGUUGUCACAGAACACACUACACAAGAACCCACUGACGAAACAUUCACACCUUUCGAUGACACAAUUAUGCCCGAAAACGCCAAGGUGGUCGAAGAGCUACCUGAGGACGUUCAAGUCACUGAAGUCAAGACUGAAACUGGUGAAACAAAGAAGAUUAAAACUACUAAACGAAUAUCCAAGAAAGACAAAGGUAAGACGAAAGAGGUCACUGAGACAGUCACUGUGGAAAUGGACGGCGAAGUACCAAUCACAACUGUAACGGUCAGAGAAGACACGGUACCAGACGAAGCGGAAGACAAACCGGUUGAGAUUGUCGAGCUACCAGAGGAGACUACCUUUGAAGAAAUCGAGACUCCUGAAGGUAAGCGCACGGUAAGGAAAACGACUAAACGCCGCACUAUCAAAAAGUUAGUUCCAAAAGCAGUUACAUCGCACACUGAACAAGAAGACGACAAGACACCUGUUGUCACAGAACACACUACACAAGAACCCACUGACGAAACACUCACACCUUUCGAUGACACAAUUAUGCCCGAAAACGCCAAGGUGGUCGAAGAGCUACCUGAGCACGUUCAAGUCACUGAAGUAAAGACUGAAAUUGGUGAAACAAAGAAGAUUAAAACUACUAAACGAAUAUCCAAGAAAGACAAAGGUAAGACGAAAGAGGUCACUGAGACAGUCACUGUGGAAAUGGACGGCGAAGUACCAAUCACAACUGUAACGGUCAGAGAAGACACGGUACCGGACGAAGCGGAAGACAAACCGGUUGAGAUUGUCGAGCUACCAGAGGAGACUACCUUUGAAGAAAUCGAGACUCCUGAAGGUAAGCGCACGGUAAGGAAAACGACUAAACGCCGCACUAUCAAAAAGUUAGUUCCAAAAGCAGUUACAUCGCACACUGAACAAGAAGACGACAAGAUUAAAACUACUAAACGUAUAUCCAAGAAAGACAAAGGUAAAACGAAAGAGGUCACUGAGACAGUCACUGUGGAAAUGGACGGCGAAGUACCAAUCACAACUGUAACGGUCAGAGAAGACACGGUACCGGACGAAGCGGAAGACAAACCGAUUAAAACUACUAAACGAAUAUCCAAGAAAGACAAAGGUAAGACGAAAGAGGUCACUGAGACAGUCACUGUGGAAAUGGACGGCGAAGUACCAAUCACAACUGUAACGGUCACAGAAGACACGGUACCAGACGAAGCGGAAGACAAACCGAUUAAAACUACUAAACGAAUAUCCAAGAAAGACAAAGGUAAGACGAAAGAGGUCACUGAGACAGUCACUGUGGAAAUGGACGGCGAAGUACCAAUCACAACUGUAACGGUCAGAGAAGACACGGUACCGGACGAAGCGGAAGACAAACCGAUUAAAACUACUAAACGUAUAUCCAAGAAAGACAAAGGUAAAACGAAAGAGGUCACUGAGACAGUCACUGUGGUAAUGGACGGCGAAGUACCAAUCACAACUGUAACGGUCACAGAAGACACGGUACCAGACGAAGCGGAAGACAAACCGGUUGAGAUUGUCGAACUACCAGAGGAGACUACCUUUGAAGAAAUCGAGACUCCUGAAGGUAAGCGCACGGUAAAGAAAAUGACUAAACGCCGCACUAUCAAAAAGUUAGCUCCAAAAGCAGUUACAUCGCACACCGAACAAGAAGACGACAAGACACCUGUUGUCACAGAACACACUACACAAGAACCCACUGACGAAACAUUCACACCUUUCGAUGACACAAUUAUGCCCGAAAACGCCAAGGUGGUCGAAGAGCUACCUGAGGACGUUCAAGUCACUGAAGUCAAGACUGAAACUGGUGAAACAAAGAAGAUUAAAACUACUAAACGAAUAUCCAAGAAAGACAAAGGUAAGACGAAAGAGGUCACUGAGACAGUCACUGUGGAAAUGGACGGCGAAGUACCAAUCACAACUGUAACGGUCAGAGAAGACACGGUACCAGACGAAGCGGAAGACAAACCGAUUAAAACUACUAAACGUAUAUCCAAGAAAGACAAAGGUAAAACGAAAGAGGUCACUGAGACAGUCACUGUGGAAAUGGAUGGCGAAGUACCAAUCACAACUGUAACGGUCACAGAAGACACGGUACCAGACGAAGCGGAAGACAAACCGGUUGAGAUUGUCGAGCUGCCAGAGGAGACUACCUUUGAAGAAAUCGAGACUCCUGAAGGUAAGCGCACGGUAAGGAAAACGACUAAACACCGCACUAUCAGAAAGUUAACUCCAAAAGCAGUAUCAUCACACACCUUCACUACACAAGAAGACGACAAAACACCUGUUGUCACAGAACACACUACACAAGAACCCACUGACGAAACACUCACACCUUUCGAUGACACAAUUAUGCCCGAAAAUGCCAAGGUGGUCGAAGAGCUACCUGAGGACGUUCAAGUCACUGAAGUCAAGACUGAAACUGGUGAAACAAAGAAGAUUAAAACUACUAAACGAAUAUCCAAGAAAGACAAAGGUAAGACGAAAGAAGUCACUGAGACAGUCACUGUGGAAAUGGACGGCGAAGUACCGAUCACAACUGUAACGGUCAGAGAAGAUACGGUACCAGACGAAGCGGAAGACAAACCGGUUGAGAUUGUCGAGCUACCAGACGAGACUACCUUUGAAGAAAUCGAGACUCCUGAAGGUAAGCGCACGGUAAGGAAAACGACUAAACGCCGCACUAUCAAAAAGUUAGCUCCUAAAGCAGUUACAUCGCACACUGAACAAGAAGACGACAAGACACCUGUUGUCACAGAACACACUACACAAGAACCCACUGACGAAACAUUCACACCUUUCGAUGACACAAUCAUGCCCGAAAACGCCAAGGUGGUCGAAGAGCUACCUGAGGACGUUCAAGUCACUGAAGUAAAAACUGAAACUGGUGAAACAAAGAAGAUUAAAACUACUAAACGAAUAUCCAAGAAAGACAAAGGUAAGACGAAAGAGGUCACUGAGACAGUCACUGUGGAAAUGGACGGCGAAGUACCGAUCACAACUGUCACGGUCAGAGAAGAUACGGUACCAGACGAAGCGGAAGACAAACCGGUUGAGAUUGUCGAGCUACCAGAGGAGACUACCUUUGAAGAAAUCGAGACUCCUGAAGGUAAGCGCACGGUAAGGAAAACGACUAAACGCCGCACUAUCAAAAAGUUAGCUCCUAAAGCAGUUACAUCGCACACUGAACAAGAAGACGACAAGACACCUGUUGUCACAGAACACACUACACAAGAACCCACUGACGAAACAUUCACACCUUUCGAUGACACAAUUAUGCCCGAAAACGCCAAGGUGGUCGAAGAGCUACCUGAGGACGUUCAAGUCACUGAAGUAAAGACUGAAACUGGUGAAACAAAGAAGAUUAAAACUACUAAACGAAUAUCCAAGAAAGACAAAGGUAAGACGAAAGAGGUCACUGAGACAGUCACUGUGGAAAUGGACGGCGAAGUACCGAUCACAACUGUAACGGUCAGAGAAGAUACGGUACCAGACGAAGCGGAAGACAAACCGGUUGAGAUUGUCGAGCUACCAGAGGAGACUACCUUUGAAGAAAUCGAGACUCCUGAAGGUAAGCGCACGGUAAAGAAAACGACUAAACGCCGCACUAUCAAAAAGUUAGCUCCAAAAGCAGUUACAUCGCACACUGAACAAGAAGACGACAAGACACCUGUUGUCACAGAACACACUACACAAGAACCCACUGACGAAACAUUCACACCUUUCGAUGACACAAUUAUGCCCGAAAACGCCAAGGUGGUUGAAGAGCUACCUGAGGACGUUCAAGUCACUGAAGUCAAGACUGAAACUGGUGAAACAAAGAAGAUUAAAACUACUAAACGAAUAUCCAAGAAAGACAAAGGUAAAACGAAAGAGGUCACUGAGACAGUCACUGUGGAAAUGGACGGUGAAGUACCAAUCACAACUGUAACGGUCACAGAAGACACGGUAUCAAACGAAGCGGAAGACAAACCGGUUGAGAUUGUCGAACUACCAGAGGAGACUACCUUUGAAGAAAUCGAGACUCCUGAAGGUAAGUGCACGGUAAGGAAAACGACUAAACGCCGCACUAUCAAAAAGUUAGCUCCAAAAGCAGUUACAUCGCACACUGAACAAGAAGACGACAAGACACCUGUUGUCACAGAACACACUACACAAGAACCCACUGACGAAACACUCAUGCCUUUCGAUGACACAAUUAUGCCCGAAAAUGCCAAGGUGGUCGAAGAGCUACCUGAGGACGUUCAAGUCACUGAAGUCAAGACUGAAACUGGUGAAACAAAGAAGAUUAAAACUACUAAACGAAUAUCCAAGAAAGACAAAGGUAAGACGAAAGAGGUCACUGAGACAGUCACUGUGGAAAUGGACGGCGAAGUACCGAUCACAACUGUAACGGUCAGAGAAGAUACGGUACCAGACGAAGCGGAAGACAAACCGGUUGAGAUUGUCGAGCUACCAGAGGAGACUACCUUUGAAGAAAUCGAGACUCCUGAAGAGCUACCUGAGGACGUUCAAGUCAUUGAAGUCAAGACUGAAACUGAACAGAAGGUAUAUGAAGUUAAAGAAAAAAGUCCAGAGAAUGUUCAAAAAAAUCAAAAAAUUGACAAACCAAAAGCAAAAAAACCGUUAAAACUUCAAAAAAUGGAGCAUGUUUCUCUUAAACUAAAUGAGGCUCAGUUUCCGAAAGAAACUGAGCAGCCACAAUUUGCUAAAAUGAAACUUAAAAAACCUGAUAUAAAACCGAAGAAGGAGCAAACUUCAACUGUUUUGCCUAAAUUUCAAUUGAAAAGUAGAAUUAAAUUUAUUACGGAUUGGCCACCAAAAGAUUUAAAACCUAUUAUUACGUUCCUUAAAAGUGUGAGACAAAACGGGGAGUUAUCUAGAAAUAUUAAGGAAGCUGCAAAACUGAAAAAGAAGAAGAAAAUGGUUUUGAAACAACCUAUCCUUCCAGAAGCGGAAAAAACAGAAUUGGAAAAACCCAUGUUUACUCAGGAAGAUAUUAUAGGAACAAAGAAUAAAAUACCGGAAAAUAAUGAAGAAGAACUUCCCAAAAUCAAUGAUGUUACGGAAGACGAACCUGAACAGUUUACCAUAACACAUCGACGUCCAAGUGUAAAGAAGAUAGAAGAAAUUGUUGAUGAAGUUACUAUUAAAAAGAAACUGAAACCUGUUCGCAAAUCUUCUGUUACACUUCCAGAGAUAACGGAGCCCGAAGAAGUCACUUUUAGACCUAAAAUUACAAAAACAAAAGAAGAAGUUGAGCAAGAGUUUAAUAUUCAUUUAGAUUCGUAUGAAGAAGAGGAAAUAUCAAUGUCAAGCAAAGUCAAAUUAAAGCCACAAAGACAACCGACAUUUAGUGAAGAAGGAAAUGAGGUCUCUAUCAAAUUAUAUGAAGAAACAGAAAGUGAAGAUAAUGUCGUAGAAAUAGUAGAAAGUGAUGGUGAAAAAGAAGAGAGUACCAACAUUACCAUGCCAUUGAAAAAGUCUAUUAAACCUGAGGUGGAUAUUGGUGAAGAAAUUACUUCAAGUGUAAUGAUGUCCAAGCCAAAACCUACUCGUAUCGAACCCGAAUUUACUGAAGAUGUUACUUUUGAAUUGGGAAGCAAAGACAAAUACGUCACAGAUGAUCAAGAUAUAACGUUUGAAGUUAAAAAACAGAAGGAUGAAUUUACGUCCGAAGAAUUAUCGUUAUCUAGUAAAAUUAAAUUAGCUUCCAAAAAGAAAAUGACCAUUGACGAGGCUGGGGACGAAACAUCAAUACAAUUAGAACAAGAAGUCGAGGAAGAUGGACAAGUAGAAGAAGUUAUUAUCAGUGAAGGCGAAUCCGAAGAAAGGGUAGAGAUGGUUAUUAAGAGAAAACCGAAAAAACCCGCUUACGAGGUCAGCGAAGUUGAAGAACUAAGCGUCGAGUUAAAACCGAAAAAGAUUGCUAUAAAUUCUUUUGAAGAGGAACAACUGACUAUCUCGGCGAAACGAGUGCCCAAGAAACCCUCGCAAAUUCAAGAAGCCGAAGCGUCUAUGAACUUAUCUAAAGAACAAGAAUUCCCAGCGAGUCCUGUGGAUGUGCGUUGUGGUGACACCGUAUUCGCCGUGUACAGCUAUGUCGCCGAAAGCGACGAAGCUAUCAGCCUCGUGGAGGGCGAACGCCUUUACAUACUAGACACGACGAACCAAGACUGGUGGUUCGUCCGCAAGCAUUUGACGGAGGAGAAGGGCUGGGUCCCUGCUCAGUACCUGAUGGAUGAAGCCAACUACACUUUGUACCUACAGAAGAAACUCAAUGAGAAAAUCGAUAAGCUUCCUGUGUUUGAAAAACCAACUUCUGAAGAGAGGGCGAUUGCUCCAAUAUUUGUAGAGAAAUUACGACCGAAACACACCCCAGAUGGUUCCACAGUACAGUUCGAAUGCCAAGUGGAAGGAUACCCUCGGCCACAAAUAACUUGGUUCCGGCAAACGGCCAUCAUUAAACCGUCGCAAGACUUCCAGAUGUACUACGACGAUGAUAACGUGGCAACGCUCGUGAUUAGGGAAGUUUUCCCUGAAGACGCGGGCACGUUUACUUGUGUGGCUAAAAACGCGGCUGGCUUCGCGUCCAGUACCGCUGAAUUGAUUGUGGAUGCUCCACUUUCUGACCAUGGGUCUGAACUCGCUCCAUUAUCGCGCAAGAGCCUUUCACGUGAAUCUUCUCUCGCAGACAUCCUCGAAGGUAUCCCUCCAACAUUCUCUAAGCGCCCGAAAGCGCAAUACGUUGACGAAGACUCCCAAAUCUUCCUAGAAUGCCGCCUUGUAGCUAUUCCUGAACCCGACAUAGCCUGGUUCUUCAAAGGCGAGGAAGUCAUUCCCGAUGACAACAUUUCUGUAGCCAUCGAAUCCGACAUGCACAUGUACUGCAGUGUCUUAAAAAUAUCUAACGUGAAAAAGUUCCAAGAGGGGACGUACACCGUAUUAGCAGUGAAUAGGGAAGGGGAGGCAAGUUUACCCAUCGUACUCAAAAUAAAAACGGGUGAAAAAGAAAAACCACAGGUUAUCGAGCCAUUGAAGAGCAUGACUAUAAGGGAAGGAGAAAGCGUCGUGCUUACCACUCAAGUGGUCGGAACCCCUGAACCGAAAGUCGUGUGGUACAAGAACAAUAAGCCCAUUAAGGAGCCAAUAAAGAAAGCCGACGGCAACGUACAUUCCAUUACGAUACUUAAGCCGAAGAAAGGGAAAGAUGAUGGCGUGUAUUCUCUUAAAGCUACUAAUAGCGAAGGAAGUGCCGAGACCAGUGCAGUAAUAACUAUAGAUGAACCAACUGAAGAAGAUGCUGAACCUCCACUAUUUAUCAACCGAUUCCAAGAACUGACAGUGAAAGAAAAAGGCAUAAUACGAUUGAGUGCUAAAGUCACCGGAAAUCCCGUACCAUCGAUAACCUGGUACAGAAACAAUCAAAUAAUCACACCUAGUGAGACCGUCACUCAGAAGUUCGAUGGCGAAAACAUCGAAUUAAUUAUUACCAAUGUAGACUCUGAAAUCGAUUCCGGUGAUUAUAAAUGUGUAGCCUCUAACUCUGCCGGAAAGGCGUCCCAUGGAGCAAGAGUCACCAUCGAUGUUGACAGAGUUACAUUCGUGCGGUACUUGAACAAACGAUACGAGACAGAAGAAGGAAAAACGGUUAUACUUGAAUGUGAGACAUCGCACACAGUCUCCACUAAAUGGUUCCACGAUGGCAAAGAACUUAGCGGCAUGGAUCACAGAGAAAUCAUACAGGAGAGCCGAAUACAUAAAUUAAGAAUCAAAAAAUGUAAAUUAACCGAUAAAGGGACCAUAAAAUGUAUAGUUAAAGACCAAGAAACGGCCACCACUUUGAUAGUUAAUGAAACUAUCCCCGAAUUCGUUCGUAAACUGCAAGAUUUCGAAGUCAAAGAACGAGAUAUUGCUAUACUAGAAGUCGAGGUGAAUUCUGAAACUGCAGACGUAACGUGGGAGAAAGAUGGUAGAAUUAUUAAGCCCAAGAAGAAUAAGUACGAGAUAGAGAAACGUGGAAACGUUCGCAAGCUUUUUAUAAGGAAUACUUCGGUUCACGAUGAAGGGGAAUAUGCUUGUAAAUUGCCUGAUGAUGCUUGCACAGCUGAGGUUACUGUAGUGGAAUUACCUCCAGAGAUCAUAACGAGACUCCGCGAUACGAGAGUGAGCAGGGGCAACCGAGCGACGUUCGAAAUCGAGCUAACAAAGGGCGAUGCUUUAGUCCGUUGGUUUAAAGACGGUUCCGAAAUUCAAUUCUCCAACCGAAUUCAACUCACUAUAGAUGGCAAGAAGCAAAAAUUGAAGAUAUAUGAUUGUGAAGAUAGUGACGAAGGGGUCUACGCUUGUGAAGUUGGCAACGACAGAUGUACCGCUCGGUUGACCGUCGAAGAACCUUCGAUAGACUUUACGCUCAGGCUUCCAGAGGUCAUCGUCGUUCCAAUCAACACAGACGCUUAUUUGACCGUCGAAGUGCCCGAAGAAAGUAAUGCAGUGACUUGGUUCCGGCGAAAGACCGUAAUCAUCGAAGACGCGGAGAAGUUCAACUUCAUAUCGGAUGGAAAAAGGCGUGUAUUCGUUAUACGGAAGUGCACUGAGGAAGACCAGUGUGAAUAUUCUUGCCAACUGGAAGAGACGAGGUGCACUACUAGGCUCAAAGUGGAAGUGGCAGGCACCGCACCUAUAAUCACGGAUUGCGAUAAGAUAUAUCGCGUACGUAGAGGCGCAGACGUCACCAUAAUCGUACGGUACACGGGACGUGCGGCCCGCGAGCAAUGGCGGCGGGACGGUGAGCCGUUACCGCGCUCCAAGCGACGCAAGCUAAUUUCUGAAACUGGUUCUGCCUCGCUCACUUUGAGGAAGACCGAGCUAACUGAUGCUGGAGUUUACAAUGUUUGGCUUGAAAAUGAGUUUGGUGAAGCGCAAGUCGAUAUGGAGGUCGUUGUUAUGGACGUGCCGUCUCGGCCCGGCAAGCCAGGCAUCCUCGAGGUAGUGGAGUCAUCAGUUCACGUGUGCUGGACGGAACCCGAAGACGAGGGCCACUCACCUGUGCAGUGCUACAUCCUCGAGUAUCAAGAGAUUGACACCGCAGAGUGGACUUCAAUUGAAAACAUCAAAUCGACGCAGCAUCGCGUCACGAAUCUCCGUACGAAAUCAUCGUACCGAUUUAGAGUUUUCGCUGUGAACGAAGUUGGAGUCGGAGAAUCGUCCGAGAUCACUGAGUUCGUUCGCAUCGAAACAACUAUAAAGGAAGGCCCUCCGACUGUUGCGAAACCAUUGAAGAACACAGUCGCCUCACCCGGCGAUAUCAUUGAACUGACUUGCAUAUUUGGAGGAGUUCCUGUGCCUACAGUAACGUGGACGAUAAACGGCUCACCUUUACCGCGUUCUAAGGGGACUUAUCGCGAUCGCGUGGCUUCUUUACCCCUAACCGUGGAUACUACAGUCGAGGGCGAAUACUGUUGCGUCGCGACUAAUAAGUACGGCCGUACCGAAACGUCUUGCACGGUCAGAAUACAACAGAAACCUACAGUGACAAUCAUCGAUGAAGAUGUGGUGAAGCGGGUGUAUAGAGUUGACGAGCUUUAUUCGGUUAGGGCGCGCAUCACGGGCGUGCCACAGCCUGAGGUUAGGUGGCGCAAGGACGGCGCAGACUUAGACGUUCAGCGAGUGGAAGUAUCGCUGGAGGAAGAUACCACGGUUGUAAUUAUCAGACGUCUGCAACGGUCCGAUGGAGGAAAGUACUCAGUUGAAGCAAUCAACGAGGCUGGAGCUGCGUUCGUGGAAAUACCUCUAGCAGUCUACGAUGUGCCAUCAGCACCCCAGGGUCCACUAGGUUACUACGGCGGGACUCUAACCGCUGUUACACUGGCAUGGCGUGCGCCCGCCUCAGAUGGAGGUUGCCCAAUACUGGACUACACCGUGGAAGCGAACGUGGCUGGUGGCUGGCGUCUUAUGGCCACGUCGCAGACGACUGAGGUCCGUUUGGACAAGUUGGACUCACGCGUCAAGUACCGCUUCAGGAUCUAUGCUAGGAAUGAAAUUGGGAUCAGUGUGCCAUACGUUUCUGAACAAGACUUCACUCUUGGAGACGGGCCCACACGGCCGACGGCACCGAGAGGACUGCACACCCGCGGCGUCACGUCACGAUCAGUCACGCUGCAAUGGGAGCCGCCCGAAUAUGACGGUGGCAGCCCUCUUACCAACUACAUAGUGGAAUGCCGCGAGGUGGACACGAGCCAGGCUGAUUCGGCAGAGGCGUGGCGCAAAGUGGUCACAGUGCAGGCGUCCACGUUGCAACACCGCGUGGAGAACAUCCGUGCGCGCCGCCUGCUGGAGUUCCGCGUGUCGGCCGAGAACGCCGUGGGCGUGGGCCUGCCCGCCGUGUGCGAGUCCGUGCGCCUCGCAACACACGCCACGGUUCCCUCGCCGCCGACAGGUCCGCUGGAGCUGCGCGCGCUGGGCGGCGCGGUGGCGGCGGCGGCGUGGGGCGCGCCCGAGUGGGACGGCGGCUCGCCGCUGCUGCGCUAUACUGUGGCGGUGCGCGACGUGCGCAAGACCAUGUGGAUGCAGGUGGGCGAGGUGGACGCGGCCACGCUGCGGUUCCACAUUCGCGACCUGACGGAGGACCGCGCGUACGCAAUCCGCAUUUACGCCGUGAACGAAGUCGGCGCCAGCGAGCCGCUUGAGUCGCACGAGCCCUUCGAGGUCGUGCCUGGUGAAGACUCAGUGCGGUCGGAGGGGCCGGGCGAGGCGACCGAAGCGACAGAACCGACGUCCUUCAGUACGCAGACCAGCACGUCUUGGCUGCGCGACCACAAUAUGGACGCCGACAUCCGAUCGUACGCGCGCGGUUCCUUACUCCGGCGCGACGAAUACUUCUUCCGCAUCUGGCAUUACGCCCGCCGGCUCUUCGAGUAGCCGCUGACUUCUGAAACUGACCACGCUCGCAGGCUGGCAUCGAGACACUGACAACAAUUUAUGACAUGCCAAACUCUACACUCGCAUAAAUCGCUGUUAUGGAUUUCCUUUGCGUGACAAAAUUAAAUAUGAUCAUCCACACUUAUGAUUUUUGUGCAAACUAUUCGUUAAUCGAAGUUUAGUUAGUUCCUCUGUCGCGAACACUAAAGUUCAGUCCAUUUGAAAUGGACAACAAAACUGACAUAAUUAAGACGUAUGCGCCGCGAAUUCGUCUAAAUAAUAAUUUUAUGGCAUUGGCACAUUGUUUUUGUUCGCUGUCGCUAACAAUAGCGGACGGCGAAUGCCCUAACGAAACUCAAUCGCGGCGCGAGUGUAGAGCAGCAUCACGGUGUCACGUACAAAUUGAUUAGGGGUAUGUGUAAACUGCCAUACCCCUUCUAAGUUACCAGCAGUAAAGGUUAACUAUGAAAAGUAAAGUGUUUUGUAGUCAUGCUAGGCCUGCUGCACCCCCUCUGUGAUAGAGCGCGGCAAGCGCGCGCACCCCUAGCUAUUUAUGCGUAUACUAGUAAUUUAUUAUUCAUUUAUUGUUAUUUAUAUAAUCGCGUAAGGAAAUCCCACCGCCGGUGACGCGGCCCGUCCGUCGUGGUUUGGGAGACGUUUCGAAUAUAGGUGCACACGGUUCGACGAAACGGACGCGCCGCGCCACGUCUGUCGGGUUUCCCACUUACGAAUUUUUGUACAAUAUAAUGGCGAAUUUCAAGAA